AUGCAAAGCGGCAAAAUCAAGAACCGCGCAAUAACCGCCUCCUCGUCUUUCAACCAUUUCCACAGCGCGUGGCUUUCCAGGCUUCAUCGAGUCAAACGCGGCCGGUACAUCGGUGCGUGGGCAACCAAAUACAGGAACUACAACCAGUGGCUGCAAGUUGACCUUGGGUAUGCCAUGAAAAUCACUGGUAUUGCUACUCAAGGAAGACAGGACGCAAAUCAAUGGGUGACUGUUUAUCGAGUUUACUACAGCACAGACGGAGUCUACUUUGCUUUGGUGAAAUAUUGGUGGAACGCUGUUAAGGUAACUGGGGUAAAUUUAGAGGUACUCUAUCAAACACGAGCAAAGAUUGUUGUCAGGGUGUGUGACGUUUGCUAAUUAUUUUUCUGAUGUUUGGGCCGGGGGUUUUGUUAAUCAGGGUGAUGAGACGGGCGAUGAUCAUUGGUAAACGCGGUAACUGUAAAAGAAUUUCUCACGACCAUGAUUUACAAUUUAAAUUUGUUUGUUUUUUUUUGGCAGCAAUUCCAAGGAAACUAUGACAGAUAUUCAGUCCGUACUCACGCUUUCAGGCCGGCUUUGCUCGCCAGAUACGUUCGCAUCAAUCCACGAAGAUGGCACGGCUGGAUGUCUAUGAGACUGGAAUUAUACGGUGGCCGGUGGGGUAAGCAAUUCAAUUUCUUUUAUAAAGAUUUGUAAGAUAAUCGAUUUUUCUUCUUAGUUCUCUGCUACUCAUGGCACAUUAGAGGAAAGCUGAUCCAUGUCGAUAUCCGUUAAAACUGCUCUCUUCUCAAAUUCUUGCAAGCAAACAUCCUACCUGCCCACCUUGCCUCUUCGCACCCCGCCACGCAAAGUGUGUCUGGUUUCAGUAAUAUUUUUUUUUACGGGGAUGGGACAUUAACCUAUCUUCCAACCCCCAACCUGGAGGGCCUGUCGUUGCGAUUUGUCUCGCCUUUCUCCCAAAACCUGCACAGCACGGUUGAACUCACCAAGGACCUAACUGGUAUAGCUUUCAGGGAAGUCAAGGCCCAUAACGUUAAGGCGCAUCACUGUUCCUGUUAAAUGUGAUAUUACCCUGCGUUUAUUUUACGAAGCAAAACAAAUUGCUGACAAAAAAAGUUUGCCCCGUGUGAGGAUCGAACUCACGACCUUCAGAUUGCAGCUAUAGAUUAUGAGACUGAUGCGCUGCCUACUGCGCUAACGAGGCAACUCCGGUAGAGUAUUUGAAACCAUUUAGAAACAAAUGAAAAAUCGAAGGCAGUUAAGUCAAUGUAAUCCUUCCUCCUUUCACUAAAAUUGAAUCUAAUUUAAAUUUGAUCUAAUUAGAUUUUGCUAAUGGGAAAAUCAUGCUAUAAUUUCAUAUAAACUCUCCCUUCUUUCAAUCGAUUCUCGUUGCUCCACCUUUCUGGCCACAAGCUUGGCCAACAUGUUUUUACGCCGGAUUCGACCAGUAUCUCAGUCUCUCUUUCGGAGAAGAAGUUUAAAAACACACGAACACCGUAAUACGCGGUAAAUGGCGCUCUCGCGCGGCAGCUGCGAAAAAACGCAAGGGAGGCCAUUUCCGCAUGGAGUGGUAAGUUCCUUGUCGAUGACAUGCGAUGAGGUUAAGAAAAGAGAGGAUAUUUUUGACCCAUUUUUUUUUGUUAAACAGAUCGUUGUGAUAUGCCCCUUGGUCUCGAAGAUGGCCGCGUCGAUAAAGCGCAAAUGACCUCAUCCUCUUACAACAAUGUAAAUGAUGGACCAUGGAACGCCAGACUCAACAGUGGAAGGGGAUGGUCACCAAGAAGGAACGACAGAACUCGGUUUCUUCAAAUAGAUUUCCAAGCCAUGACUAAAGUAACCCGCGUUGCCACUCAGGGAAAGCGUUACGCAAAUUCUUGGGUGACGAAGUAUUACAUCAAGUAUGGAAAAACUAAAAGCCGAUUUAUUCCUUACCGUGCGGGUAGAAAAAUUAAGGUAGGAUUUUUAUCAUUUACGGUUUAAGUUUGUUAUUCCAGAACAGUCCUGUGCGGACAUGCUAAAGACGCGAAAAGGUAUUGCCACAGUGAAAAAUAAAUGGGAACCCGCAUUUCCCAAUCCAAAUCAAAUCGAAAAAGUCAUUUUGAUGAUAAUAAGUCGAAUUGUUCGGAGGACGAUUUACACACAUCCAGGAAUGAUUACCAUGACAACAAAUAUGCUUCGUUUGCAGCAGAACCCAGGAUUAGAUUUAACCCGAACUUAGCGCUACUCAGUCCUUAGCACAACUCAGUACUGGAAUGUACUGGGAGAGAACUGUCAUAUUAAUAAUAAUGUGUUAGAACAUUGAAUAUUUAACUAGUCUAAGGAAAAGGAGAUGUCCUCAAAUAUAAAACAAUGUUCUAUCCUCAGCUUUAGCCUGCGUAGCAAGCGUAAGAAAGAACGGGCGCGCAAGAGGGAGACACGCGUGUCUCCCUCUCACGCGCUUGUUCUUUCUUGCGCCCAUUAUUUCCAAGCGCCUGUUACGAAGGCUGCCUCAGCUUCAUUUAUACCCAUGAAAUUGUAUUUCAGAUGUUCAAAGGAAACUAUGACAGAUAUAUUGUGGUUCAGCACAAGUUUGCCCGUCCGCUCUAUGGUCGAUAUUUCAGGGUUUACCCUGUGUUCUGGUAUUCUUAUAUCGGCAUGAGAGUCGAAUUCUAUGGAUGCGUGUACGGUAAGAGAUAUCAAUUGCAAGUUAGGUUAUAUAAGAAGUGCCAACUCUUUUCGUAAUAUUACUGUAUUGUCACCGCUCUAAUUAAUGUACCAGACAAGAAGGGGAAGGGGGGAGGGGGAGGGGGGGUCAGAUCUUCACUGAGGAAGGGGCAGGAGGGCGCUUAUAUGGCCCCUUAGAUAAUAGGGGAGCCCGGCUCCGAAAAUUAUUUUUCUCGAUGCUGAGUGCUUCUCUUUUGCAUAUAAAUAUGGCGGAUCCGCCACUUCCAUUUAUCAAUGAGACAAUUAUUAAUCUUCUUCGAUUUCAAAGAUUUCAAAUUCUCUUGCAUGUUAACACAGGUAAACGCUGUAACCAGCCGCUAGGGAUGCAGAACGGCCGCAUUAAACCACACCAAUUGUCAGCUUCCUCGAGCUGGGACAAAAAUCAUGGUCCAUCGAACGGCAGACUUCAGUUCCGCCGGAGGGGAAGCCUAGCGGGAGCCUGGUGUACGCGUCACAACACUCGGUACCAGUGGCUGCAGGUUUAUUUUGGCCGAGCAAUGCGAGUGGUUAAAAUUGCUACUCAGGGACGACAGGACUACCGUCAGUGGGUGACUCAGUAUUAUUUGUCCUACAGUCAAGACGGAGCACAUUUCGCUGAAUUUAAAAUAAAUAGCAAUAGAAAAGUGAGUGAUAUAGUUGUAUUAGGGAUACAAAAUCUUUCCUUUCGCCAAGUCCUUGUCCUUCUUUUUGGUUCAGCCAGGAAAAAAGGAAAUUCGAAGUCUUAAGGAAAAAGGAAAAAUAGAAGUUGCCUCGUGUGAGGAUCGAACUCACGACCUUCAGAUUUCUUCUUUACAGAUUAUGAGACUGACGCGCUGCCUACUGCGCUAACGAGGCAACGACCGGUUCAUCCCUUUCCAACGUCAAAAUCCUUAAAACGAAGUUUUUAGUCUGGCGAUGCGUUAGCUACAAAACUUUGAAUUUUGACUUGAAUAUACGUACACACUUUCCUUGAAGACACUAGGUUCGCCACUACCGGAGAACACCGAAGUGCAAUUCUGGACCAAAGUGACUGGCGAGGGAGAAUCCAUGUUGUGCGAGCUAGCGCCCGCACCAAGUUAACUAACAUAUAAUGUUAAGUAAAUGUUCUUCCUAAAUCUUGCUUGGGUAAAACCAAUCUCAAAAAUCUCUUACGAACUAAAGAAUAGCAGUAGGCAGUAAGGGGGGAUGAGGGAAUGGGGUGGGGGGCGUUGGUUAAGUCAUGCCAUAGAGAGCUUAAGCAAAGGCGUUUUUGAGUGACGCAUGUCAAUCGGAAGGGAGGAGUUUUCCCUUUUAAUAGCAUAUCUUGACACCGCCAAAUUCGUGAUGCGUAAUUGUCUUGCUGUUACAGAGACGACUUAACCAAAAAUGAAGCCGACGAUCCUCUGGCGAAUAUUGAAAAUGUCCACUUCCGAUUGACGCACGUCGCUCAAAAAUGUCUUUGCUUAUUAUAAACUGGCUCUAGUUACUUCGAACACCGCAUUAUUUUACUACGGUCCUAUACAAACAAUCAAAUAAUCGAUUGGAGAAAGCAACUAAAACGUGAAGAACGCGCGGAAAUAAACGAUUGGAAGCUGAAAAAGAAAAUCUUGGAGCAUAAGUUUUCUUUUUAACUGCUCUUACUAGCUGCGAUCUUCGAACAUGAUCAACCAAGCCAUGAAUCAUUGGCCGUAAACUUGCUUGACCUUUCAGUUUCUCUAUUCUUUUAUUUUUGUAGUAUUUCAGAGGAAACCGGGACCAGAAUACAGUGGUACAACAUCGUCUAUUCCCACAAAUCAAAGCCCGUUACAUCCGGGUUCAUCCUUGGGGAUGGUACAAACACGUUUCUAUGAGAGUGGAGUUGUAUGGGUGUUCCACAGGUAGGAUAGAAACGUUUAGAAUCUAAGAUGAGGACUACUACGAAGACGAGAUUUUCCCAAUGCUAAGUAGUGCUCGCGCGUGAAACAGUGUCAUGCAUUAGAGUGAUUUUUCUUUUGGCGGGAAAAUCGCGAUAGCCGUUCUCAUUCUACUACGGGUUUUAGGAAGAGCGCAGAGGCGGUAAAAACAGGUUUUUAAUUUGUAGAAGCUUUAUCAUUUUGUGAUUGAAAGAGUGAUUAACGUCCCUCAAUAAAACUAUAAAAGUCAAAUCGCGUCCUCGUAAAAGUCAAAUCUCCGGAGUGGACAAGUUCAUGAACGAAAAAGUAUCAGUCCAUUUCGUGUGAACAACAGUAAACGUUCAAGUUUGUAUGUGUUUGCAAGUGUAAAGAACUCGUGCAACCACGUUCCCAGGGUCCUCUCCUACUCGGCCCCCGUGGGGAGAGAGAGCACCCCGGGGACGAGGUUGGAACUCGUGCGGAUAAAACCUUAAGAUCGUCUGCGCUAAAAAUAACUAUGGCUCACCUGUUUUAAAUCAAAAACGCUUUCUUAGGACGUUGUUCUCUUCCGCUCGGUCUUGAAGACAAGCGCAUCACAAACGGCCUUUUAUCAGCGUCUACCUACUACAAGGCUCACCUGGCGCCGUGGCACGGCCGACUGAACCACCGCUGGUCAUGGAGUGCACGGACAAACAAUCUCAACCAGUGGCUUCAAGUUAGUUUUGUGGUCAUUGUCAAGGUAACGGGUAUCGCAACUCAGGGGAGACAGGAUUAUAAUCAAUGGGUUACACAGUACAUCGUCUCAUACAGCCCGGACUCCACCAACUUCCGAUUUUAUCGAGAGGGAAGAAGCACUAAGGUAAGAGUGAUUUUAAGCAUUUUUAAUCUAUUCCGGGUCAGUUCAAUCUUAUCAAAAAAUAGCAACAACAAUUACAACUUAAAACAGACAUUCUGACGAAAGGAAAAAGAAUUACACGAUGUCGCGACAGAAAAAACAACUAAGGAAGCACUUUUUUGCAGAAGAACUGCGUCUGUGUCUUUAAAGGGUGGUUUCCACCUCUUCACUUUGAUCUCUCUGCGUUGAACAUAUAAAAUGGAUCAAUGUUUUGUUAAACUGUAUUAUAAGGGUGGGUGACAGAGACUUUUCAUGCGAGGUUUUCGGUUGCCGUCAAGUCUGCCGAACGCCAGAAAAAGACCUCUGGUACUCAAGGCACGAAUUUUGACCCAGUUUCCUAUGCAACCCUGUUAUAGCCGAUAAAAGAAGCGAUCGCGUGUCUAAGACAGUCCCAUGAUGCAAUUUGGCACAACACUAACCCAGUCUCCCGCGACCCUACUAUCUCUAAUCACCAAACUAGCAUUUAUUAGCGAUAGAAUAAAUGUUUUAUCAUCUGAAAAUCACAGCUAACUUUUGUCACCUUCUAAUAGCUUUUCAGCGCAAACAGUAACAGACACUCCAUUAUCCACCAUGAUUUCGUCAAACCUUUCAGCGCCGUACACAUCCGUAUUUACCCAAGAAGAUGGUACGGCUGGAUAUCCAUGAGAGCUGAAUUUUACGGCUGUUUUGGUAUGUAAAUAACUUAGCAUAUUUGCGCAGUUUUAAGGUGAAUGAUUCGGGUCUUUUGCUUUAUAAGCUCACUUGAAAAUUUCGUACCACUCAGAAACUAACCUUCGAUAUCAUAAUUAUUAGAUAAUUAGUCUCAACUCUUAGCUCUUUAUAGAUCUUACUGAAGGCCUCUUGGUGCACAUUAUGUUUGUGUUUUUUUGUUUUGUUCGAAAUUCCACCAGAUUUUUCAAGAUUAAUUAUCAGUGUUCUAUAUUGUUGUAGUGACGGCAUGUAACAAGCCUCUGGGAUUGCAGAAUGGAAGGCUUAGAAAUUCCAAGAUAACAGCUUCGUCAGAGUGGAACCACAAACACGCUGCUUGGCUAGGAAGACUUGGCCGACCCGCGCGGAGCGGCUACGCAGGGGCCUGGUGCACGAAACACAAUAAUCAUUACCAAUGGAUUAAAUUUGACUUUUCUCGUCCAAUGAGAAUCACUCAAGUGGCUACUCAAGGACGACAGGACUAUGACCAAUGGGUUACACGAUAUACAAUUUCUUCUAGUGUGGAUGGUACGCAUUGGGCAAUGUAUAGGGAUAAAAGCCAAGAUAAGGUAACUUGACAAUUAUUGAUUUCCCGUAUUGCUCAGUUGGUAGUGCCACGCCCUUAAGAUCUGAGUUGAAGAUAAAUGUUUAUCCUGUAUUAUGACAGAUGUAUCAAAUCAAAUUAGUCCGGAAUCUUACAACAACCAUGUUUGUGUGGUUGACUGAGCUUUGAGCUUCUCGCGACUUUAUAGCGUAAACAAAGAAAACAAUACAUCCAUCGGGCGUGAAUUAAAGCAUUCUCACCAGUUGCGCAAGUUCAACUUCAAGCUUUCUUAAAGUCUCAUAUGCUUUAAGGCUUUUUGGUCAAAUUAACAGUGUUGGUCAUGUGCAAGACAGCAAGUUUUAAUCAGAUUUUGCUCAGGCAGCGGUCAGAAAACAGUUGUAUUAUUAGCAGCUAAAAAUCAAGGAGCCAAGCAAUAUGUCGCCACAGAUAAUCUCUUUUAUAACAAUAAUGUUUGCCACUCAUUUGAAUUGCGCACAAAAGACGAGGGAAAGAUAACAGGGGUAUUCUUUCCUUCCAUCUUUACUAAGGACUGCGUGACAAAACGUCACGAGGUGUUGUGACGAAUAACACGUGACAUCCAAGUACGCGGGAAAACUAUCGUUGUGUGUUUGCAACAACAUAACCACCUGAUAACUUUGGCUACGAUCGCACGUGUGCGAAUAAUUUUCUAGGUGAAUUGUGAUUUAUUUUCUCAAUUAUGGGUAAGCAAUGAGUGAGAAGGCAAAGAUCAAUCGGUGAGUCAAUCUCGAUAUUGGAAAUCGUAUGUAUGUCUCUCAUGUGUUUCGACGCCGAGUACUCUAUCAAUCGCCAUGAGGUUUGUUAUUAUGAUUUGUGAUUUAUCGGGAUGAGCCGAUAAUUUGAAAUCGUGUACGUCCGCUUUCAAUUUGAAAAUAGAGAAAGGCAAAUAAUUUACAUUCUUGCAAAGUACGAAAGCUGAUUUUCUGUUGUAAUACGUAGUUAAAACAAUCCAGACUUUGCUGUCAUUCAAUCUCUUCUCUUCUGCACUUCAACACGGCAGGCCAUUGGAGUUCUUUUCUAUUUUAAUACCUUUUAUCGUUUCUUUGUACCCUUGUUUGUCGCCUCAUAAAUUAGAUUUUGUUUAUUUUCCUGUAUGAACGCUCACACUUUUAAUAUGCAUGGCUUCAACGACAAAACGCUAAACGCUUUCUUGUGUUUGCAGUACUUCCAAGGAAACCGUGACCGUAACAGCAUUGUCACGCACGCCAUCAGUCCUCCAAUUUUGGCGCGUUACGUUCGUAUUCACCCAAGGGGAUGGCGAAGUCACAUCUCGAUGCGAGUUGAGCUGUAUGGAUGUCGGGCAGGUUAGAAACGUAUAAGUAAUCAGUGAAAAUCAUACCAUAUUUUUAAAGUUGCUUCCUGACUAAUCCGGUAACAACAAACUGGAGAGAACAAGGAGCCAGGAACCAACGACGUUUCAGGUUGCCCUCCCCCCUAGUAAACAAACGGUUUUAAAGGGCUAAGAGUGCUUGAAAAUACAGACGGGUGAUGACGUAGAGAGUUUAAGUUGGUUGUGGGAUACUAUAAUCUUUAAACGUGGGAUAAUUCAUUUUAUUUUUAUUUAUGUAUUAAAGUCUACAUAGGUAAGGGUUGUUUACAAAUUCUUGCCUCCCCCCCUAGAAAUAUGUAUCUUGCAGACCCUUGGACGGCUCGGUGUUGCACACAAGUUAAGCUCUGACAGUCGCUCUUAGGAACUGGUGACCAGCCACAAAAAACACGUCUUGAGAACUCUUACUUUUCUCUCUCUGUUUUCUCAUUGUCCUCUUUGAUUCUUAUAUGCAUAUUUCAGACCCAUGUGAUGUUCCUUUGGGAAUGCAAGAUGGCCGUGUCUCUAAGGGAAUGCUUACCGCUUCCUCCAUGUACAACCAUUACUAUGGUCCCUGGAAUGCGAGACUUCACGCGCGAAACUACGGCUCCAUUCGAGGAGGCUGGGUUGCUAAGUACCGCAAUAGGAAUCAGUGGAUACAGAUUGACCUGGGCGUGGUUACAAGGGUGAAGAGAAUCGCUACCCAGGGACGAUAUGAUGCUAACCAGUGGGUCAAGUCUUACACGGUCUCUUAUAGUAGCGAUGGUUCUAGGUUCUAUCCUGUUAAGCAUGGAAGGAGAAUCAAGGUAACCCUAUGAAGCAUUUACUCUCAAAUUCCCAUAAGCGCUAGCUUCCUACACAGACGUUAUUUUGGCUUGUCACAGAUUGCUCUUGAAAUGCGUCACGAAACGUCUGAAACGUCAGAAUGUCUGCGUCGUGAGAGGCUACGUUACACUAUGAGCAGAGGUUCUUUUGCAUGGCUUUUAGCGUAUACGAAGUCAUUCUCGUGGCUUGCUUGUCGCGUAGUUGGGCGUAAGCAAACCAACUAAGCGACAGACAAUCAACGAGAACGACUACUUAAACACUAAAAGCCAUGCAAGAGAGAAACCGCAGGGUAAAGCGACAUAAGCGCACAAAAAAAAAAAACAAGCCAACAAAGAAGAAAAACUCCAAACUUCGCCUUGUAAAAUACUGAAAUACAUGCAGUACGAUUUGAAAGUACAUAUAAAUAGUUUUCAUUUGAGUGUCAGCAAGGAGCUCUUUCGGUCGCUAGCGUAUCCAACUGUUUUAUUAGUCUCGUUGACCUCUUUUUUCUUAAUGUACACCAUGGAUAUUGACGAAAACUGAGAACACUAAGAAUGCUUUCCAAUAGUUAUAUUUGGCUGGGCGGGUCAUUCGGUUUGUAAAAAUAGCGCCUUUUUGAACAAUUAUGACCUCAAGUCCAUGAACAUGGUUCAUAUUGCUUUAAAAUUUACUAGUCCGAGGCGAAACGAAUAGACCCGUACGUCCGACCUUGUUCUGACAAACAAUUAUUUGGUCAUUUAUGUGACGUUAUCUCCUUUGCUUUCUCGAAGAUCUUUCAAGGAAACAUGGAAAGACAGCUUGUUGUUUUUCACAAGUUCAGACCUUCGCUCAAAACCCGUUACGUUCGUGUUCAUCCCAGGACCUGGUAUAGCUGGAUCGCCAUGAGAUUCGAGUUGUAUGGCUGCAGAUUGGGUAGGUUAUUAGUCAACAUCGGCCUAUAAAGACUGAUCAACGUAGCGUGAUAUGACCUGGCUCAGGCCUUUGUGCUCAAUAGACUGUUUAUCAUUCGGAAUUAUCGCACACAUUUUGAGGCUUUUGCGGCGUACGAGAUGUAGGAACACAAUGUUUUGUCACACACAGUUAAUUUUGUGUGUAGCUAUAGCUGUGUUUGCAACUAAAGCGGCAGUUGUGUUAAUAGUCAUCUAUUCUGUCUUUGGCUUAUUCUAUCUUAUGGGAGUGAUAAGCUGGUAGAAAGGAAAACAUCAAAACAAAACAUAAAGAAACACGUUUUACUUUCCAUCUACUUUACCUAAUUCAUUGGGUAAACACUGAUGACACAUGCUAACGUGCGAGCAAGCCUUCCAUUUUUGGCGAUCGAAGGGAGCCGCAGAGGAAACGGCGAUCUCCCCCUGUCUUUCCCCUCCUCUCGCCCUCGCGUCUCCUCGCGCGUAUUACACGCGCGACUUCUCGCGACCCCCCUAAACUAGAGAGCUUGCUCACGCGCCAGGCUUGGGCAGAUGUCUAACCCUGAAAGUAAACUGUUGCUAAUCAACCGGCUAACAUGUUGUCGUCAUUUCUCCUCACUCAUAGGCACACUCUGUAACCGACCAAUGGGAAUGCAAUCUGGCCGCAUAAAAAAUCAUAUGAUCACAGCAUCGUCGAUUUGGAAUGUUAACCAUGCUGCCCACCUCGCUCGUCUUCACGGUCGUCGCCGUGGACCGUAUAUUGGAGCCUGGGCCGCGAAGUACAACAAUCGGUACCAGUGGCUGCAGAUUUACUUUGGCGGAGCGUCAAAGAUCAUCAGGAUCUCGACCCAGGGGAGACAAGACGCUAACCAGUGGGUGACACAGUACUAUGUGUCGCAUAGCAUGGACAGAGUGCACUUUUCAGAGUAUAAAGAACGUAACAACAGGAAGGUAAUUAUUGGAUUUAUCUUUCAGUUGAGCCAUAUAAUAGCUGGACUAACUAUAAUCUCAAUCCCAGGGUCCUCUCGUACAAGUAGGAGAGGACUCUGAGAUCGAGGUCUCCUUUCAAAAACCUUUGAAUGGAGACAUCCCCUUAUAGUAUUCAACUUGUUGAAGUAAUGUAUUAAACAAGAUAAACUGUCUUUCGCUAGGAUUUCUCAAUCCUCGGUUUUUAACAUAAUAAUAAAAAAACGUGUUGUUUGAAAUUUCAGUGCGAAGUAUGGCAAUUUGUUAUCAAGGAGUAAACGAAAAACAAAAACAAAAACAACAAGUUUCAGCUCAAACGUGAACCUUCGCAUGAACGAAAGUCACGUUCAUAAGCAAGUCUAUUUUCAUCUCACCAGCAUUAGGCUCGUCACAUGUGAAGUAACGGUUAAAACCGAGCUUAGAAGCACGCUAGCGUUCUAAACAGGAACUUUUCAUUCUCCGAUGUAAACUCAGCCUGAAAGGACAAAAAUUUUCCUUUGUCACGCCACUGCUAAAACGUUUUGCCUUAUAAUUGUCUUCCAGUAUUUCAGUGGUAACCGCGACCGCAACACGGUAAAGUCCUACCUGUUUGUUCCCGCCAUCCGAGGCCACUACAUCCGUAUUCAUCCUUGGGGAUGGCACGGUCAUAUAUCCAUGAGAGUGGAGUUCUAUGGAUGCCGCAUCGGUAAAUAUUUUUAGUGUUAUUCGAGUUCUUGUUUUGUGCUGAUUUAGUGGAUAUGACCACCACGACCAACACCAUCACCGUUAUCGCCACCAUCAUUGCCAGCAUCGAUGUCAUCGUCAUAGUAUCAACACUCGAGCAGCAUAGUGACUCUUUACUGUUUGUCAAAUUUAGGUCAUCGGCGUCCAAUGUCGUUGCUCAUGGUCGCUUAACAUGCAAAUGGGUCUUAAAUAAUUAUCAUCCAUUCAGUUUGUUGUUUAGUAACGUGUUGCACUAACGGGGCGCUUUUCCAAAGUCAGAAGUGCCCUGCCGAACCAUGGCCGGACCAGUUAUUUUGACUAUGAAAUAGGAUGUUUUUUUCCUUCGUGCAUACUAUUUAGGAUUUGACUGAUCUGGCUGGAUAGGUUUGAUUUAGAGGGAAUUUCACAUUACGACGGGAAUGGUCCGGCUCUGGCCGGUCAGUUCCGAAAAAUGGAAGCGCGCUAAGAGUCAGCUAGAGUGGAAUCAAAGCGUUAAGAUCAGUGUGACAUAAGACGUAAUCAACGUUAUUAGAAUAGACUACUCGCAAGCAAGAUAUGUGAGCGUGUGAAAAUUGUACAUUAAUGUUAUGGCGCUAAAGCAAAUAACGCGCGUUUCCGCAAAGUAUGUUUAAGCACCCAACACGAUCUUUACCUACCUCUUUUCAGAUCGUUACACGAUGCCUCUUGGUAUGGAAGACGGAAGAAUCCUAUCGGGCCAUCUUCGGGCCUCCUCGUCAUACAACUACAAUCACGGACCUAACCGAGCGCGUCUGAACAUCUACGCCAGUCACGGACGAACGGGAGCCUGGGUGGCAAAAUACCGCAGUUCCAACCAGUGGUUACAGAUUGAUUUAAGGCAGAUGUGUAUCAUCAAAGGUAUUGCUACACAAGGACGGCGAGAGGCCCAUCAGUGGGUAAAAACGUUUCAGCUGUCGUACAGCCGUUACGGAGCACGAUUUAGGAGUUAUGUGUCCUAUGGGCGUGUUAAGGUGAUUCUUUUAACUUUUUACACCUUGAUAUCAAAAGUCAAAUUCUCAUUUGUUGUCCCUAUACGUUUUCUAUAAAAGCGGUGGGGAGAAGUUGUUGAAGUGUCAAUAAGAUUCAUCUUCUGUGAUCAAGUCCUUAAUUCUCGUGACCUCUUUGUUUUAUUACUUAUUAAUGUUACAAGAAGAAAUUUCAUGCUGGUCUCUAUUUGGGGUUAAAGGGUUAAACUGUGUUUGUUCUUCCAUUAACUACGCGUUGGGUACUUAAUCCUCAUUGGAUCAAUUUAGGGUUCUGGGAAACUGCCCACCUACCCCUCCCUUCACCCAACAUUCUGCCCUAAAUGAGACGCAAAUAUUAACGUUGAGUUAGGGGAAGGGUAGGUGGGAAGUUUCCCAAAAACCUAAAUCGAUCCUUAUCCUCAGCGGUUUUACCCUUUAAACCCUCAUAGUACCGACAUAUGUUUUCUCCUUAUUAUAACACUAAAGGUCACGUCAUCCGUAUUACGACUGUUUCCACGUUUUUGUGUUUUUAGGUGUUUCGUGGUAACUACGACAUUUAUCAUACAGUCGCGCGUAGGAUAAACCCGGCUAUAAAAGCUCGAUACGUCAGGAUUCAUCCCAAAUCGUGGAAUUCCUACAUCGCUAUGAGGGUGGAGCUUUAUGGAGGUCGUUUGAGAGGUAAGUAAUUAAGGUGUAAAAAUAGCCGCUGCAUGAGGCAGUUUUAAGAUGUGGUGGAAAGAAGGACGAAAGAAAGAAAGAGAAAAAGAAAGAAAGAAAAAGAGGAAACACUGACAUAAAUGAAUAAAUAAAUAAAUGCAUUAACGAAUAAAGGGGAAAACAGGAAAGAGAUGGUUAAAGAACAGAUAAAAAAUAUGGAGGAUAGGGUUUUUAGGUCAACGUGUACUGUGGUAAAUGUAUGAAUAAAUGGAGAUAUGGAUAAGAAGUCCAAACACUUAUCGAUACACUCGUGACAUUAGUGUAUGUUGUCAAGUAGUUUGAAAGUUGUAAAAGGAGACUUAUGGUACCCUCUCGCUUAACUUAGCGCUUAGUUGCCCGGACACCCCCCACAGCCCACAGUAUUCCUAUGUUUGGUGCCUCCACUAAAUACCACAGAAGGUGUAACCCUUUAAAAGAGACUUGUCUAGAUGUAUUUUUGCCUGGUUCUCUCUGAGUUUUUUUAGUUCAAUGUUGUGCAGAGUGGAAUCUGAAAUUUGGCUUAAUUGUAGCAGUAUUGUGAAUAAAUACUUUACCUUAUUCAGAAAACUUCUGCGAUGCGCCAGUGGGCUUUCAGUCAGGCCGAAUUAAAAACAACCAGAUCACAGCCUCAUCAGUGUGGAAUAGAUACCAUGCCGCGUGGCUAGCGCGUCUCCACCGCGCGCGUAGAGGCAAGUACAUCGGUUCGUGGUCCUCACGCCAUAACAACCACAACCAGUGGUUGCAGGUUGACUUCAGAAAGUAUAUGAAGGUGACGGGCAUAGCAACACAAGGACGACAGGAUGCCGACCAAUGGGUGACAGCUUACCGCAUAUACUACAGCUCUGAUGGUGUGUACUUUUCCUCAGUAAAAUACUGGUGGAACUCUUACGUGAAGGUAAGAAAGAAGGUCCUUUGUACCAGGGUGCAAAGAGAUUCAGUUUUACAGCUUGGCAUUUGGGCAAGCUGUAGUUAGUAUGUAAUAGGUGGAAAGUCAUUUCAAGUAGCCCCCGAAAAUGUUUUGAUGAGCGAGAUUCAUAACAGUUCUUCUCUUAUUUGAAUUCCCAAACAAACUUCACGAGCCCAAGUGGUCCAGACUGUUCACACUCCCCUAAAUAUUUUUCCGUGAGAUCUUGGUGAUUUAUCGCGUCUUACUGUUAAUGGCUGCCAUCUUGAUUUUCAAAUGCACCGAGGGGGCGGGCGUCGGGGAUUAUGCAUGUAGCUCUAGGGGGAGGGGGCGAGAAAUGUUUCCUCCCAAACCGCCCCCCACCCCCUAAGUAGUCUUGACACUCACCCAAGAUGGCAACCCGUAACGCAUAGCACUCGAUCUCGACAAUCUUACGGGAAAAUAGCGGACUGUGAACAGUCUAAAGUGUUUUACGAAUAUGCUGGGCUCUAUAGGUCGAGGGCAAGGGUAAAGGCUAUUAUUUUUAUACAACAUGAGAAAAAAAGUAGCUGCAGAUGCCACUCACGGAUUCAAUUAGUUUUGAAGGUGUUCUCAUGAGUGGGUUUAAUAGGAAGGGUGAACAGAUGUUGAAAUUCUUUAAACAGGCUUAUAAAUGUUGUUGCUUUCACUUUUACAGACAUUCCAGGGAAACAGAGACCGUCUGUCCGUCAAAACGCAUCCUAUUAACCCACCUGUCUUUGGGCGGUAUGUUCGAAUCGUACCACGUGGCUGGAGAUCACACAUUUCCAUGCGGCUUGAGCUGUAUGGAUGCCCUAGGAGUAAGUUGUUAGUUUUUUGCCGGUAAAAUCGCAAAAUUGUUUUCGUUUGAUUUUUUUCUAAAAUUUCAAUUCAGUAAAGAAAUUAAUUGUUUAGUGGCCCGUCAAAUUUCUUCAGUGUUUAUUUCUUGAACGUCCCGGAAACGAAACGUUCGCCUAGCUAGAAAUUAGAAUGCUUAUUUUAUCAUGGACAAGUUGUCGUAAUCCUCAUCAUAAGUACGCUUUAGUGGAUUGCUUCACAGAUUUUGUUUGUUCGUUAACCCAGCUUAAACAGUAACAGCGUCACAAUAAAAUAAUAAAUCUGCGCUACCUUAGGUCGCUGUGAUAUGCCACUUGGUCUUGAGGACAAGCGUGUGCACGACAAAAUGAUACGCGCUUCGUCAUACUACAACUACUACUGCAGACCAGCCAGCGGCAGGCUCAAUGGACGCCGCGCAGGCCGAUACGGGGGAGCCUGGUGCGCAAAGAGAAGUGACAGGCGCCAGUGGCUACAGGUGGAUUUUGGUGCCAUGGCAAAAGUGUCACGUGUUGCUACCCAGGGGAGACAGAACAGCGCUCAGUGGGUGAAAAGUUAUUACCUUUCAUACAGCAGAAAUGGCUACAGGUUUACAACUUACAAGGAGAAUGGUCGAGCUAAGGUUAGUAAAGAACAAUGGCUUAUUGUUGUGAAAGUAGAAAAGAGAGCGUUUCCUAACUUAGUUGUAGAGCCAAGAAACUAGAUAUUGCAGGGAAAUUUCCUUCUCGUCCUGCGUUGUUUUUGACGUGACGUGUCGUUAGCGAAGACAUAUUGCUUAACGGAGAGAUACAAGCAGACAAAAAAACCAAAACAUAAACGAAAAUGAAAAGAGAAAGGACAUAGAGAUAAGGAGUGUGGAAACUCCUUCUCCACCUCCUAACGUGAAGUUACUUAUAGUUUCAAGGUUUUAUUUUAAGUAAUUAUAGAAAAAUAUCCACUAACGCGAUUUUUUCUCAAUUCCAAUUUGUUUUCUUAAUCACUGGUAAAAAUAUUUAGCCGUUAACAAAAAUUGGGUAUGUUAAAAGCAGAGAUCAUUUCCAUGAAACAAGCUGGAAAGCAAAAACGUCACUGAAACAGAGUCAAGCUGACGGCGUCAGGGAAAUUCACAAGCAAAAAUAGAAUAACAAUAGUAUCCAUUUUCCUUCGUUACUUAAACGUUGUGUCUGCAACAACGCAAGAACUUUAUACAGUCAUUCAGCUAAUCCAGUUAAUUUUUUUUAGGAGAGUUACUUAACAACAUAUUAAAGAAAGUGCUUUUUUCAUUUUGUGUUAGACGCACUUAAAACGUAACAACUCAAUAUGACGUGAUAUCAACUAUUUAUUGAUAUAUUUUUUUAGCUAUUCAUCGGAAACUACGAUCGGUUCGUAAUUGUACGCCACCGGCUCCGUCGUCCAAUCACUGGGCGCUUCUUCAGAUUUCACCCGGUCACGUGGUAUUCCUGGAUAUCAAUGAGGGUAGAGUUGUAUGGCUGUGUCGUAGGUGAGUAUAUGCCACUGUGAGGAAUAUCGUAGAACUCUUUUAAGAGCAGCUUGCAUGGAGAAAAGUUUUCCCGGGAAAGAGAGUCACCCUCCAGUUGAAACAAUUUUAGCGAUGGUUAAUAUGAGAAAAAAAGUUGGCCGAAGAGCGCUCGCUCAUGCUCUGAUUGUCUCGCUUUAACCCAUCUGGGCGAGCCAAAGUGUUUACGUGGAGAAAAGUUGGCCCGGCUUUAAAAUCCUACAAAAAGCUAUGGUUCUUUUUUGUUGUAUGCAUUUAAGAAAAUGAUUAUGAGUUUUCUGAUUUUUGUUUCAGCUUCUUUGGGACAGUAAGGCUAACGCUUCGUUCUUUCUCUUGUUAAGGUGCCCGCUGCAACAAACCGCUGGGAAUGCGCAGUGGCCGUAUCCGCCCCUCACAACUGAGCGCUUCCUCCAGUUGGGCCCGAAAUCACGGCCCUAAUAACGGCAGACUGUUUUUCUAUCGGCGGGGCUACAGCGCAGCCUGGUGCGCGCGCCAUAAUAACCGUCUCCAGUGGUAUCAAGUAAACUUUGGUCGCCCCACACGGGUGGUGAAGGUCGCUACGCAGGGACGAAAGGAUUACCGUCAGUGGGUUACUCAGUAUUAUUUGACCUUCAGUCAAGAUGGGAUACAUUUUGCGGAAUACAAAUACAACAGCCAUCGAAAGGUAUAAACUUCUUUUUUCAGGUAGCGUGGGUUUCCAUUCUCGCGCUAUUUUCACGUACGCACUGACUUAAAUUUUACGUGCGUAAAUAACGGUGGAUUUCCACUCAAUAAUUAAUGUACAGUUUUCAAGUCUAAAUCGUUUGCACAAGUAUAUGUUAAUGAUAAAUAAAUAAAUUUUUUAAAGAAAAACGCGAGCAAAAUAAAUAAAUGAAUAAAGAAACUAAAAAAUAAAAGUGUUGUGCCCCGUGUGAGGAUCGAACUCACGACCUUCAGAUACCUGCUAUAGAUUAUGAGACUGACGCGCUGCCUACUGCGCUAACGAGGCAUCUCUACCGGUUUUGGUGAUUUUUUUGCCAUGACUUUGGUUGAACUAUUCUUAUAAAAAAAGAAUUUAAAAAAAAUAAUAAUGAAAAGAAUAGUGAUUAUGUAGAUUACGAGCAGGCCCUCUUCAUUAAGCUUAACUAAGGUUCAACACUAGAGAGAGCGGACGAGCCCAGAAAGAAACUUAGAAGUGCUCGUAUUCCUCACACAUAACUUGCUUAUUUAAGUAAAAGCAUUUAACAAAGAAGUUGUCGUCUUCAUGUAGACAAAGAUUUAUAACCAUUUUUGUUCCACAAGUGUGCUUUUAUACGCCAGUACUCCUCUACCCCUUGCUGACUUUAACAUAUCUUAAAACUUACAUAAAAUGGUAUCCUUUUUUGUUUUAGUAUUUUUCAGGAAACAGGGAUCAAAACAGCGUCGUACGGUACCGACUGUUCCCUAGAAUCAAGUGCCAGUACAUUCAAAUCCAUCCUUGGGGAUGGUACGGACAUAUUUCCAUGAGGGCUGAGUUUUACGGAUGCGCUGAAGGUAAGAUUUAUUUGACGCUCUUCACUUCCUAAACAUGAUACAAUUGCACUCUCUUUUCUCGGAGACAAAAGCCACCGUACACACUACGGUUUGUCGGCUAGAUCUGUCCGUCUAAUUUUACAGUCAGUUCACGUGCUAGGACUUUUCAGGUCAGUCUUUCUAAGGAAAACACAGAGAUAAAAAUUUGCCUAAAAUCGGAGCUAAUUCUGAUUACGUCAGGGUUUCAUGAGGUACCCCUCUCUAAGGUUAUGUUCACACUAUACUGCUUAGCUUUUGGUGCCGACACUAAAACCUAUCCGGUAUAGCAGAAGCGGAUCCAGACCUUCCGAUAGGGGAAGGAGAUGGGGGCGGGCGUUGGGGGUCAUCAACACCCUGAGAUAAUGGCGGGGGGGGGUUAACCCUCAAAUUUUUUUUCUGCCCUUCGGUCCUCAGUUUGAUCUAACAUUCAGGGGAGGGGCCUGGGGGGCCCUGGCCCCUCCUUUGGAUCCGCCACUGUAUAGUAUGAACACUUGUCCUAUACGUGACUCUCCACUCUAAACAUCGCCGCGGCACAACCGCGCUUUGUUACGCAAAUCUCUCUGAAAUCACCGUUCUUAUGUGUGACCAGAAGCCCUAUCCGGUAUAAUUUUUCGUGCCCGGGACAAAAGCUAUCCGUAUAGUGUGUAUAUAGCCAAAAUUCUCACUUUUUUCUUUCUUUUUCAUGUUCAGAUCGUUGUGUUAUGCCGCUCGGUUUAGAAGACAGACGAGUGCCAGAUGGUCAGUUGACGGCCUCAACUUACUACAAUUAUCAUCUGUCACCCUGGUACGGCCGACUCAAUGGACUCUACUCAUGGAGCGUGCGCAGUAACCGCCGGGGACAGUGGUUCCAAGUGAACUUUGUGGAGUUAAUGCGUAUAAAAGGUGUGGCUACUCAGGGCCGACAGAACGCCAAUCAGUGGGUUAGAAGCUACACAAUCAGGUACAGCGUCGACGGGAUGUACUUCAGAUCGUAUACACAAGGUCGUAGGGUCAAGGUAUGGUACUUACUCUUUACUGUAAACUAGUUUUGGUAGAAUAAAACGUGCCAUUCGUGUCAGAUUCAAAUGCUAAUGCCAACUCUCGCCACGUUGCUUACGGCUUCACGGUUGGCUUGGCUAUAAAUAUAACAGAGAAAAACCAAAUUAGAUCAAAUUCUAAAAUCGACGGUUUCAACAUGAACACAUUGUUCAUAUGGGAACAGCGAAACCUUGUUAUUUGCUUUUCUCCUUUUGAGUAAGCUGUAAAGUUAUCUAACACCUAUGCUUGUCGCCCGAUAUGGGUCUUUUACCCUAUGACACUCAGAUUAAAAGUCUGAUGCUCUACCGACUGAGCUAAUCGGGCGGCUCACAGUAUAAUAUCGAUAUUUAAUGCUAGAACUCAUUGUAAGCUAAUGACAUGUAGUUGCCCCUUUACAAAUUGACAGACAACUCUAAUGAUCAACCCAAAAACAAUAACCAAGGAGAACAUUCUUCUGCAUCAGGGACCUCGUUUCCAGGGUCUUUCGCACCGAGGGACAAGGGGAAGAGAGACUCUUGAAACGAGUUGGCUAGAAAGGGCCAGAUUUUGCGCUAUAGAAAAGCAAAGUAAAUUUUACUGUAAAAGAAUUUGAAGAAAAAGUGUGUUCUUUUGGUUUUCCUCUCAUUGCAGCUAUACUAUGAUUUGUUGGUUUUGUUUCAGAUUUUCGACGGAAAUACCGACCGCCAUUCUAUCGUCUAUCACCAGUUUACCAGGCCUUUCACGGCCGUGUACGUCCGUAUUUAUCCUAGAACCUGGUAUGGAUGGAUAUCCAUGAGAGCAGAGAUUUAUGGAUGCUCAGGUAUUGAAUGAUAUUUGCCUUUAACGUGGGGUACAGUGGAAACGCACACAUAUGACAAAUUUUGGACUUUAGAAAAGGUUAAGAAAAAAAAGAUUAGUAAGUAUUUAACAUCAGAGUAGACUAACUAUCUAGUCUAGUCAGAUGUGAAAGAAAGGCAGAACUGUUUUCUGAGUGUUGGUUUGGCCAGGAAUCAGAUCCAUUUGAACCGCUUCACAGUCUAUCACUUCAUCAACUGAGCUAACCAAACGGCGAGUGGUUUAAGGGCCCUUACGUUACAGUAAUUACAUUUCAUAAGAUUCUUAACAAUUAUUCCGUAUUAUUCCGUGUCAUAAUUAAAUCUUCAUUGUUUUACUCAUUUUAUCAGCUUCUCCAUGUAACAAGCCUCUAGGAUUACAAAGCCGUCGUCUUCCGGACAGUAAAAUCACGGCAUCGUCAGAGUAUAACCAGUUUCACGCCGCUCGGCUUGGGAGACUGGGUCAAGUUAAACGCGGCAAAUUCGUAGGGGCCUGGUGCGCGCGACACAACAAUCAUUAUCAAUGGCUAAAAGUGGACUUUGGUCGACCAAUGAAAAUCACAAAAGUAUGUACUCAAGGUCGUCAGGAUGCUGGCCAAUGGGUGACGUCGUUCUAUUUGUCUUCGAGUGUUGAUAAUGUGCAUUGGUCCAUAUACAGGUUUAGGAGCGGAAAUAAGGUAAGAAAUAUACCGUGCAGGUAUUUCAUCAUCAGGAAGAAAAAUAUAUAUCAAAAUACAAGUUUCAAAGAGAGGUUUUUUGCUAGUCUUUAUUACUGUUACAAAACAGAAAAUGGUGAAAAAAUGGUGACGUCAACAAUCGCAUUGCUGAGCACCAUUUACAGACGAAACAUUGAAUCGACUGGGACUCUUCGACAUGUAUUAUGUAUUCUACAGACUACUAUCAACGACUCACUUUAGAAAGCUGGUUUACUAACUUAGAACAAACGCCACUGAAUCGUCCUCAUCAGUUAUCGGCACAGUACAAACGAUUUAUUGGAGGAAUCAAGUGACACUAACUACUAGAGAACGACUGGACAACUGACAAUAUUGAAGAAACGACUGUUUAACUGUGACAAUAGACGGAUCGAAACGCACCGAUGACAUCUGUCAUCACUUGUCUACUUAGCCAAUAUCAGCACGGCUUCACUGACAGACGACCAAUAACAUCGCGACUUCAUUGCCAAUUGGGUCAAUAACCAAAGUUUAAUACCAUCAACUGACGUGAUACACUGAACUCACUUUGACUCUGAAGAUGACUACUGCACAGGUUGUUGAAACGUCAGUCACUGUCAACAACAACAGUCCUAUUCAGGACUACGUUCACCCGGACAAUCAUACUCAACCUACUUAUUAUACUCCAUUUUGUUCUUAGCUUUUCCAAGCCAAUCGUGAUCAGAACAGUAUUGUCCAAAACGCCAUCAACCCUCCAAUUUUCGCAAGAUUUGUGAAACUUAAUCCACGUGGGUGGUACAGGCAUAUCUCCAUGAGAGCUGAAUAUUAUGGUUGCGUUGCCGGUAAGUUACGAACUAAGAUACAUGUGUAUAUUAAAGGUGGUGUUCAUAGUCAUGCUAUCUAGCAGUGCUUCAAUCUGCCCGGAGCAGGCCUCGGUCCGUAUGUCUGCGUAUUUGCCUCAACAAGCAGGUUCAGGUGUAGUUCCCAACCAAAUCAAUGACUAUUUCACUAAUGUCUGCGCUGCUUGCUUUGAUCUUGCGUGUUUGACUUUCAAACUGCUUCCACCAGCGCACCACAUGAAGUUCAAGUGACAAUUUUUUUUCGACUUGUUAUUAGUUUUAUUUUUUUAAAAUUCCUUUUUGAUAAAAAUGGUUCAAUCAAAAGUCAUGACAGAAAAAAACACCCAAACCGCAGAGAUGCCUCGUUAGCGCAGUAGGCAGCGCGUCAGUCUCAUAAUCCAAAGCAGACAUCUGAAGGUCGUGAGUUCGAUCCUCACACGGGGCAUAUUUUUAGUAUUCGUAGUUUUUAUUGCUAUUGCGUCGAAUCAGUCGACAACUUUUCAGUUUAGCUAACAUAAGAAAAUCAGAAGUUCUUUUUUUUGCAAACGCAAUUGAUCGCUAACUUUUCACUCAGGUUUGUAAGAUCACGUGAUGGUGGGGUAACCCGCCUAGCUGGGAUCGGAUUUGUGAUUCAUCAAAUUGGCUCAAAGUUCGGAUCAUCCUUGGUGUAAAAACCUGUGAAGUUUUUCUUUGUUUUCUAGCUAUUAUUUUCCUUGGCUCUAUUGUGCCGACUUCUCACUGGCUUGCUUUGUAUUAAUUGUUUUACGUCACUGGUGAGUUUCACAGGUUUUUACAUCGAGUAUGAGUAUACAGACUAACUUCGACACGGUAUGUGUCCUGUCGAAGGAUGUUGUUCGAUAGAAUGAUGGCCUAGAAAACGUAGAUCGAAAGUACGGCAGGACAUGUCCUUGCAGCAGAACCCAGUUUUGCUCGCUACCGUUCUUUACUCAUUUUCAUUGACCCUCCCUCAAGGGCCUGUUUACGUAGAGGUGGGGGACCCUAGGUAGGUGGGGUAACCUGGCUGUCCAUAUAAUCUCUCAUUUGAUUUGAUCACGUUUACAUGAUAGGUGGCGUGACCCCCUGCAUAUUACCUCACCUGUCUGGGGUCCCCACCUGCAUGUUAACAGGCACUUAGUAGAGAGAGUUGACUAUACUUAAAAUUCCUUACCUCAGAUCGAUGUGACAUACCCCUCGGAUUUCAAGAUGGGCGUGUUUCACGCGCCAUGUUGACCGCCUCUUCCAUGUACAACCACUACUACGGACCAUGGAACGCCAGACUUCAGGCGCGGAAUAGAGGCCAAACGAGAGGAGGCUGGAUCGCUAAAUAUCGGAACAGGAAGCAGUGGUUACAGGUUGACUUGGGCGUGGUUACAAGGGUCAAGAGAAUCGCUACCCAGGGUCGAUAUGAUGCAAACCAGUGGGUCAAGUCGUACACGCUGUCAUACAGCAACAAUGGAAUCAGGUUUAUACCAUACAGACGAGGGAGAAGAGUUCAGGUAAUAGGAAGCUUCAGCAUAGAGGACGGCGACGACAGCGAAAACUUCACUUUAAAAAUGAAUUCGCGUUUUUGUAAACUAUGUCGCGUUUAUUCCAGUUUGAAAUGAAAAAUGUCAAUUUUAGGUGAUUUUCCCUAAAACUGAUUUCCUAGUGAACCAACUCACUCAAGUUUAGAAAGAGAAAGAAAAAAUCCUCGUCGCUUUUUUACGUCCUGCAUUAAACGUGAAAUUAGUCUUUUUCACGUCAUAGUCGUAUAGUGACGGAAAUUGCUUAAUAAACGUAUUGCUUUUUUGACGUCCUCGUUGCUGUCGUAGUCGUCACAGCUAAAGCCAGUGUCAAACGACGUGAUUAGAUUGCUGGCCAGAGAGAACAUUUUCUCUAUCUACGAUAGCUUUAAAGUUGAAAAUUUCAGUUUCCUUUUGAGGGUCUCUAGAGAGCCUUCGUCUUUGAUAUCAUUUUAAGAGCGAGAUUCAGAUCUUGGUUGCUGUUAUUAUCGAUUCUGGUUCUUGGUAUUGCAGUAUCUGCCCGUGAGGUUCCAAGAUUAUAGUCAGAAGGCAGUAAAUCAGUAAAUUCUUAUUUGCUUCAGUCAGACUCUCAGUCUCUCAGUCAGCCAGUGAGUCAGUGAGUCAGUGAGGAAGAAGUCAGCCAGUCAGUCAGUCAGUCAGUCUAUCAGUCCGUCGGUCAGUCAUUUCAACUAUUUGGUAAAUCAGUUUGUUUGUUAGGAAACUUGUUUAAUUUAAUUUAGUCUGUGCCUUCCUCCGAUUUCUUCCCCAAAAUGCGUCUGUGUAAUGGUGUUGAAUCAUUUUCCGAGGAAACGCUGAAACGUCAUAUCUCUAGACGUGCUUUAAAGUGGGUGCAGAGACAUUCAUUAACUUUUUAUUUACAGUAAUUUAGUGGUCUGUGCUUGGACGAAUUUCCUAAAAUAAAGUUCCAACUAAAGGAAUAAAACUCCGUGAGAUGAUUUGUGUUUUCUUUAUCGUUUAGAUAUUCCAAGCAAACAUCGAACGUCACUUUGUAGUAGAGCAUAGGCUCCGUCCCACCAUCAAAGCUCGAUACGUUCGUAUUCAUCCCAUUUCCUGGUACGGGUGGAUUUCAAUGAGAAUGGAGUUGUAUGGCUGCAGACUGGGUGAGUGGUAUACGUACAACGUAAGCAGGGGGGAGCAUUGGCACCAGUUAUAAUGAGCAUGAUACAUACAAGCAAUACUGGUCAAUAACAAAUUAUUCAUUUUCUUUGCCGCGGCAGGAUUAGCUCAGUCGGUAGAGUGCUUCACUGCAGAGCGGCAGGUCGCGGGUUCGAUUCCCGGGGCUCGACCAAUACUCAGGGUCUUAAAAUAACUGAGAAAUGAAGUUACUCCCUUUGCCCUGCAAACGGCUAGCCUUCGCGUGGCUCGGAUCGCAACGUAAAAUGGCGGUCCCGUCUCCAAUAGGAGACGUAAAAAUAGUGUCCCCAAUUAGUGCUUUCGUGCAAAAUGCUCUAUUUCAGACUGUUACGGGCAUUUAUUGCCGGCAACACCAUUUUAAAAAAAGCAAGGAAUGUGUAGAACAUACUACUUCUACAAUAAUCAUAUCGAACAGUUUUAGAAAACACUCCUUUUUGAUGUCAACAGGAACUCUUUGUAAUCGCCCAAUGGGAAUGCAGACAGGCCGAAUCAAAAACAACAGGAUUACGUCAUCAUCUGAGUGGGAUCGGUACCAUGCCCCUUUUCUGGCGCGUCUCCACCGAAGACGAAGGGGACGGUACAUGGGGGCAUGGUCAGCCAAGUACAACAAUUACUACCAAUGGUUGCAAGUUGACUUCGGAAAAGCAGCGAAGAUUAUUAAGAUAUCUACGCAAGGACGUCAGGACCUUAAGCAGUGGGUCACGCAGUAUUACGUGACACGGAGUCUUGACGCGCUGCACUUUGUUCCUUAUAAGGAGCGGAACAAUAUUAAAGUAUGGAAAGCAUUUAUUAAUCGAUAAGUUGUAGGUAAACCAUGAGCGAAAGGUCAUUGUGAGUGUCCACACAGAUCUCCCGGGAAUAUUUUGUCGUACAGUGAAACUUGUACGGACCCCAUAUUACAUGGGCACCCUGUAUUUACCUGAGGAAUGGCUCAGUUUGUUUUAAACUUUUUCCAACUAUUUUCUGCAAAACGAACCGGAAGGAGGGGACACUGCCGUUAAGCGGACAUCUGCGACGGUCUCGUGCUUGUCCGCUAAUUAUAGGUUUCACUGCUACUAAUUAAUAAUUCAUCAACUCAGUUGAUUUGUGGGUGCAUUAACUCAAAUAUAACCUGUUGAUUCGUCUUCACGUUAAUGAAUGAUUAAUGAAUUUUGCAAAUGUACCUGUUUCGUUAAAAGUUCAGCUCAGUAGCAAAAGCUGUGGUUUAGUCGGAAAUGUCUGUGAUACUUGUUUUGGCCUUGUGUGUUUUACUUUAAAAAUGUUUCUGCACAUUAUGAUUGUCAUCUGUGCCUCGUUAGCGCAGUAGGCAGCGCGUCAGUCUCAUAAUUCAAAGUAGCAAUCUGAAGGUCGUGAGUUCGAUCCUCACACGGGGCACAUUUUACACUUUUUUUGAGCUAGGUUUACACUCGAGAAGAUUUUUUUCGUAUUCAUAAAUUUUCCUGGUUUUUUGAUGUUUAGGUUAUUCGUCUCCCCAUGCGUUUACAUUAGACACGUAUUCGGAUACCCAUCGUUCACACACUGACGGUUACCAAUCAUUGUUCCGCCACUUUGGUCUGACCGCAAAGUCUGAUCACAAGCCGAAAAGUAUCAGGUUUCUUUGGGAGAAUUGUUUACACUACAAAACAUUGCGGUCUCAACAGUGAUCGGAUUCAAAAAGUUCAAAUUAGAAUUUGGAUUUAAAAUUACGUAUCUGCGUAUAAACGACAAAAGGAAUCUAGUACCAAAAUGUUCUGGAUUCAUGACAAUCCGGAAGAAUCUAAUACGCACCGAUCAUAUGAUGAUGAGUAAAACCUGUAUCGAAAAACCUCGUUACGCUCGUGGGAGAGUGACUCAUAAAUGGUAGGGGCGGGAGGGCGAGAGAGAAAAAGACAUGGUUGCUGAUUCUUUAACUGGAACGCAGACUUUUGGGACGCAUCUCUGCGUCUAAACUCGCUGAAAUUACUCUACAGAUGAACAGAUCGAAAAGGAAAUUGUCUCUCUGAAAAUUCAUGUUUUUUAGAAAGAGUUAAUUUAUCGGAUUUUAAUAACUAUCGCAUGCUAGUUUUGAAAAGUGUUUUGUUUUCUCACUUUCCUUGUUUUCCUGCGUUUAUUUUGCAGUACUUCACAGGCAACCGUGAUCGAAACACUGUGGUCACAAAUUCUUUCGUCCCGAUUUUGCGUUGCCGCUAUAUUCGCGUUCAUCCCAGAAGAUGGUACAAACAUAUUUCAAUGAGAGUAGAGUUCUACGGUUGUCUCACAGGUAUUUUGUACAAUUUAGAAGUAAAGGCAAUUAUCUUUUAGGGGUAGUUUUCACUUGAAUAAACUGGAAAAAGUACUGUAGAGCUGAUCAAACAACGCCUUGUUAUGUGAUUUUGCUCAUAGAUAUGUUUAAGUAUUUAAAUCAAGAUCGCAAAACAUAGCAGAAUACGAUGAAUAACGUUAUGAAUGACUGAUUACAGUUUCGGGCAACAAUCUUCGUUACUGGGAAAAGAUACCCCUCCCUUAAACCAACAUUUUGCCCUAAGUGACUGAAGUAAGUGUUAAUGUUGGAUUAGGGAAGGGGUAGGUGGGCAGUUUCCCAGUAACGUAUAAUAAUCCGCAGGUUCUUGGUUUUGCGGAUUGGUGGGAUCGCGAAAUGACGUAAUACAAAAGGUUGAAAAGACACUGAACUAUAACCCGCACUGUUACACAAUACAAACACCCUAAUUACUACUGCUGAUUGAAUUUAUCGCGCUUGUCCUAAGUCCUAAGGGAUCUAGCUUUGAAUUGAUCAGUUUUGUAGGACGCUUUUUCGUUUACGUAUAAAAUGUGGACUGAUCACUUAUCUUUCUUGACCCAGCGUUAAAAAUAAAGGGUCAUCGUUUUCGUCUUCUUCUUCCCUACAUAUCUGGUCGAUUGUCUUUAAUCUAAUUCUAAUAUGGCUAUAACUUUGGCCUAUCGCUGGAGGCUGAGAUCGGUUGUUUUUCGAUGGUGGUUGCUGAGAGGAAACCGGCGACCAUACUUGGCUUUGAUCUCACACUGCUACGUUAUUACACAUAACAUACACAGUUUUAAAGAAAUAACGUUUGCUUUAUUGUUAAGAUGGUUGUGUUAUGCCAUUGGGUAUGGAAGACCAGCGAAUCCUGUCGGGCCAUCUUCGGGCAUCGUCGUCGUACAAUUACAAUCACGGACCUGACCGAGCGCGUCUGAACAUCUACGCCGGUCAUGGGCGAACAGGAGCCUGGGUAGCGAGAUAUCGCAACACGAAGCAGUGGUUACAAGUUGACUUGAGGCAGAUGAGUAUUAUCAAAGGCAUUGCUACACAGGGACGUAGAGAAGCCCAUCAGUGGGUCAGAAGUUACCAUUUAUCCUACAGCCGAUUUGGAAGCAGAUUUAGGGCCUAUGUAGCUUACGGUAGAGUGAAGGUUGGUUUGGAUUUUGUCCUAAGAACUGAAGUAUUUUUUUCGUAUACCGUAUAUCCUUGAAUAAGCGUCCACUCUCUAAUAAGCGCCCACCUCUUAGGCCAAAAUAUCAAACAUACACCCCCUCGAAUAUGCGCCCCCUUCCCUCCCCCAUCAGUUUUUUUAAUAGUAGGGAUACAAGGAAAACCUGUUUCUAUUGCCUCUUUAUUGAUAACUCUGCGUGUAAACCGUAUAAUGGAACUAAGGUAGGCUUGAUUACCAACAGGAAAACUUAAUAAGCGUCUCCCUUUCUAAGCGCCCUCAUUCCCAUAAGCGCCUAUCCUUUCAGCCGAAAUUUUGAAUAAGCGCCGGGCGGUUUUUCAAGGAAAUACGGUAAUUUCUCCAUUGUACCUGCCCCCUCCAACGAAGUACCUCAAUGCAUUCUUAUUUUGAAACGAGAGUUAUCAAUAAACAAUAAUUUUCCACUGUCUUUACUCUUUCGUACAAACAAAGUGGUCAGCCUUUAAUUUGAAUCAACUUGUUAAUGACGCGAUUCUCUUUGACUUAUUUAGUAACUGGAUCUAACAACAUUAGGAAUUUUAAACCUUCUCUUAAUUUACAAAUGAGCAAUUAAGCAUUCUAUUUACUACUAUUAGUAUUAUUUUUAUUAUUAUCACAAUUUGUUCUCUUUGUAUAUUUCCAAAUAUUUAAUAUAUAAUUAUCUCCUUAACUUAAAAUCGUAUUAAGUAUUUUCUCUCUCUGUAGGUCUUUCGAGGUAAUUAUGACAUUUAUCACACGGUGGGUCACAAGAUUUUGCCAGCGAUAAAAGCACAGUUCGUUCGUAUUCACCCCCGAUCUUGGUAUAGUUACAUUGCCUUACGUGUGGAACUCUAUGGAUGUCGUGCGCGAGGUAAGGUUGAUUUUCAGUAACGUUUGUUGCAACUAGUUGUAAUCCGUUGUCUGUUUGAAUUUUUAACGUGGUACUUGGAGAAAUUAUGAAAAUUCAGAUGUUUGAAUUGAAUGGACCUUUUUAGCUUGUAUGCUUUGUUUUCCCACGCUUUUGGGGAAGUGCGUUCUCAUUGACUGCCUUACUCCGCAGGUGGCGAUUUAAUAGAGUGUUUUCACAUGACGUCACGGCGGCCAUAUUGGUGUCCCAAAACAAUGAAACGGCGGCCAUGUUGGUGUCCCCAACCAGUCCUGUGGGAGUUGAACUCCUUUCUUACGCAAACGCUUUCUAUUGUUCCAAUAAAUUUGUGUAGAUGCUGGCCACGUGAGUGGAAACACUCAAUAGGGCCAUUUAUGCGAGAAAAAAUAUGACGCGUCUUACAAAAGACGGGUCCCAGAUAAGACGCGAACUAUCCCAUGUAGACGGCACGUUAUCGUUUUUAAUCUCAUAAGAAGCGUCUUAUCUAAGAACAGCCCUUAACAUCUGUUCUUCGUUAAGACACGUCUUAGCUAAGUCGCGUCUUUAUGUGCCAUUUAUACGGGAUAGUUUGCGUCUUAUUUAGGACGCGUCUCAUGAUUAACGCGUCUUAUCUUUCCUCGUAUAACAGGCGCUAAUGUGAUUUCUAUAAGGUAUAACUCUUUAUUUGUUUCAGAGCGAUUUUACGACAGACCAAUUGGCCUGCAAAACUACCGAAUUAAAAAUGCGGCCAUCACAGCUUCGUCUCAGUGGGAUCAGAAUCACGCACCCUGGUUAGCGCGGCUUCACCGGUCGCGUCGCGGACGGUUCAUGGGCGCCUGGUCUUCCCGCCGCAAUGAUUAUAAACAAUGGCUGCAGGUUGAUAUGGGAAGGUCAAUGAAGGUCACAGGAAUUGCCACUCAGGGACGGCAGGACGCUGACCAGUGGGUCACUGCGUACUAUAUGUAUAUUAGUUCGGAUGGAGUCAACUUCGCCAAAGUGAAACACUGGUGGAAUUACGUCAAGGUAGAACAUUUUCCAUGGCACUGACAUCCGAAAAGUUAUGUUCAAUAAAUUACAGAGGAUUUAUAGUUACCUACAUGAACUUGCGGUCUUAUUAAGAACAAGGCUGAGAAGAUGAAUUUCUAAUCGUUUAUUUUGCUGUUUAGACGUUCCAAGGCAACAGAGACCGGAUGUCAGUACAAACACGUUCCAUCGAUCCUCCAAUUUACGGCCGUUAUGUUCGAAUUACACCACGUGGCUGGAAAUCGCACAUUUCAAUGCGACUGGAGCUGUAUGGGGGACCCUGGAGUAAGUCAUAUUGUAGUAGUUUUGUAAAGUGGAAAAAAAAGUACGCCCUCAAAGUUAGAAAUGAUACUGAAAUGAUUUUGGGGGGGAGUGGGGGGGGGGGGCAGUCCAUGUAUUCACUCUUCUUUCAACCUCUCUACAAUGGCCACUUUCUUCUGUCCCCAAGGUGGCCGUUGAAGAGACGUUCAACUGUACGUAUUGGCGGAUUAAUUUUUGUAUGCAGUUAAUUGCUGUGUCAUCCUCUGUCCUCGUCCUAAAAACUGACUAUACUUGCAACAUAUGUUUACGUUUUGAGCACGACCUAUCCUGGAAUCAUUCACCACGCAAAGAAAUUUGAAUCAAGUUAUGCAGAGUCACAAGGCCCAAACACUCUCUUCAUUUUUUUCCUUUCACUUUUACUAUUUGCAUUCUACACUUCACUUACUUACAUUGUUAUUACAUAUUAGGUUACUUGGCAAAACUUCCGUACUAACAUAAUUUUAACAGUGGCGGAUCCAGUGAAGGGGCCCGGCCCUUAUUUUUAGACCAAAAGGCCCGAAAGGGCGAAAAAAAAUUUGUUUGAGACCGCCCCCCCUUAUUUCAGGAUCUGGAAGACCGCCCUCCACCCACCUGUAGGGAAUGUCUGGAUCCGCCACCGAGUCUCGUCACCAGUCAUUGCUCACACAACUUAAAAGAAACUUGUUAAAUCAAUGGAGGCCCGCACGAAGAUUUUUCCUUUCCAACAUUCCUGGCAUUCCUUAUUACUAUCUCCAGGGUUUUUCGCUUUAAAGAUAAGUAAGGACUUUGUCAAUCCUCAUACGGCUAUGGUAAACUAUGACAAAGUAAUUCUUCACUUGUUUUCGCAUACGGAUGAUUCUUCACAUUUGAAGAUUGUUAAUGAUAAUUUCUUUUUAUCAGAUCGUUGUGACAUGCCCUUGGGUCUUGAAGAUGGUCGUGUUCCGGAUCCACUCAUACGCGCCUCUUCUUUCUAUAACUACUACUGUGGACCGUUUAACGCAAGGCUCAACAGACGGCGGUACGGGCGUCAGGGAGGGGCCUGGUGCGCAAAGAGGCGAGACAGACGUCAGUGGCUGCAGGUCGAUUUUGGCGCGCUUUCGACAGUGUCAGGUGUCGCUACUCAGGGAAGACAGAACUCAGCUCAGUGGGUUACGAGUUAUUAUAUAUCCUACAGUAGAAAUGGCUACAAGUUCGCUCCUUACAGGGAAGGCAGGCGUACAAGGGUGAGGGCUCUUGCUUGUUUGUUUUAUUUGUUCUAUUUAUUUGCCACAAAAUAAUAGAAAUUAAGUAGAAAAAAAAAUGGCGCGGAGACCUAACAGAAUGUGUCUAUGUAAUGUUUAACACGCAACCGAUAAUCCCUUCUUUCGCUCUGGAAAAGUUUUGUAUUGUGUAUACUAACAUCGUGUUCUUUUUGACAUGCUCAGUUCAGUCUGCUCGCUGACGUUUCUUUUUCCUUUGCUUCAUAGAAGAUGUCUUUGGGCAGGCUCUUUGUGAUAACGUAGUUUAAGUUUAAAUGUUUAACUCAACCGUUCUUUUACGUUUAGAUAUUCCAAGCUAAUUACGAUCGAUUCAUAAUCGUGCGGCACCGGCUGAAAAAACGCAUUACAGCUCGCUUUUUCAGGAUACACCCACUCACGUGGUAUAGCUGGAUCUCUAUGCGUGUGGAAUUUUAUGGCUGUGUAAUCGGUAAGUAAAUAGAGACUUUUAGAUUCAAGGACGAGGACGACUACGAGUGCGAGAUUUGACUUAAAGUUUUUUCGCGUAUUCACAAAAUAUAGACUUCCCGGAAAGCUUCAUUUUACUAUUUUUCACUAGAAAGUGGAGUGCUAGACACGCGACACGGGAAGGCUCCUUUCUCGCCGUGUCCUUAAAUCUUUACACUUUUCAUCCACAGACUCAAAAAGUUAAUAUUUAGCAUAAUAAACAUCACCAGAGGAAAAUACUCCGUAGUAGCUUUUAUUUCAAAGGUAACUUCUUAGGAUUUCAUCCAAAGUCACGAUUGUUAAAUUUCAACUUAAUAUCUCCAUAUCUAACCGUCGAAGUUGAAGUGUUAAAACGAUAUUUUCGCGGGAUUGUUUAUAUUUUAGGACCAAGGUGCAACAAGCCCCUGGGCUUACAAAAUGGCCGUAUCCGUUCAUCACAACUGAGCGCUUCAUCCAGCUGGGACCGAAAUCACGGCCCUAACAACGGCAGACUUUAUUUCCACCAGCGCGGAAAGAGUGGAGCCUGGUGCGCGCGCCACAACAACCGUCUCCAGUGGUAUCAGGUAAACUUUGGUCGCGCCACACGGGUGGUGAAGGUUGCUACGCAGGGACGAAAGGAUUACCGUCAGUGGGUUACUCAGUAUUAUUUGUCGUUCAGUCAGGAUGGGAUACAUUUUGCGGAAUACAAACAAAACAGUAACCGAAAGGUAAGAGAGUCGAGGUUAAUGUUUCACGUUGACAGCGAAUUGCGUUUUUUUUUAUCAAAAGAAUCAGUAUAGUCUUGCUCUUCACGGAGCAGCAAAAGGGAAAUGUUUGUUAAUUUCCGUCUACAGCAGAAUAAAAAUGAAAAAACUAUGGAGACACAAUAAUUGAAAUGCUCUGGACCUCGUCCCGCUUUCAUUGUGUUUGUUCCAAUGUUUACGCACAAAGUUUUAUUUGACUUUUUCGUUCAUUUUGCCAAUUUCAUUGCCUUAAAAAAAGAAAAAGAUCCCGUGCCCCGUGUGAGGAUCGAACUCACGACCUUCAGAUAUCUGCUACAGAUUAUGAGACUGACGCGCUGCCUACUGCGCUAACGAGGCACUUACAGAUUUUGCUAUAGAACCAACCACUUUAAAAGGAACAACGACAACGUCUAAAAAAGUUUGCUUACUUGUAGAACACAUCCUUAAGUAUUUCACAGGAAACAGAGAUCAGAACAGUGUAGUCCAGCACGGGCUUUAUCCCAGGAUCAAGGCAUACAUCAUCCGGGUUCAUCCGUGGGGAUGGUACCGACACAUAUCCAUGCGGAUGGAGUUUUACGGAUGUAGAGAAGGUGAGAUAAAUGACAAGUUCUUCUCCUGACGGCAGCUACAAAGUAAUUACUAAACAGAUAUUUAUCUCUCAAGAAACCUUGCAUAGAGUCCUAAUUCUUUCAUUUGCUGAUCCAAAAACUAGGGCGGCAAAAAAAGCGUGUAAACGUUAUGAAGGGUACUACCGGGGUUUGGACGGCGGAUCAAAUUUCCAAGUGGGGAGCUGACUGGUGACUUGAAGUGGGGGAAGCCCUCCCCAGCCCCCCUCAGCUCCGUCGUCCCUCCGAGGUCCCUCCAAACCUCCCGGAAAUUCGUCUUGUAAUGUUUCGAUUACGAGAAGGAGUGUUUCAGCCGAUAUCUAGAAACCGAGAAGUAAUAUACUGUCAAAAUGAAAAUGGAUUGCUUCAGCUUAGAGCCAGAACUGAGAAGUAGACUGAAUUCAAAGUGGUUGUCCACAUACAGUGAAAUACUCUUUGAAACUGUAGAGUGUUUGCUAUACCUUCUCGAAUGAUCAGUGAUUCAUGAAAAAAGGAACAACAGCAACAAACCUCGCAAAGCUUAGGGUUAGUAACUGCCAUCACAUUUCCAAAUCUCUUCUUCAAGGUAGUAGUUUUCAUUAUUUUCACUUUGAAAAUUGUUAAUACGUGUAUAAAAAAUUCCUUCCAAUUUUCAGAUCGUUGUGUCAUGCCACUUGGUUUAGAAGACAAACGGGUUCCAAACGGACAUUUGACCGCCUCAAGUUAUUACAACUAUCGCCUUUCACCCUGGUAUGGUCGACUCAAUAGUAUCUACUCAUGGAGCGUGCGCAGAAAUCGUGUGGGUCAGUGGUUCCAAGUGAACUUUGUGGAGUUAAUGCGUAUAAAAGGAGUGGCUACUCAGGGCCGACAGAACGCCAAUCAGUGGGUUAGAAGCUAUACAGUUAGAUACAGCGUUGAUGGAAUGAGCUUCACACCAUACAGAGAAAAUAGGCGAUUCAAGGUAAUGUAUUGCAGCGGGCAUAUAUGCCUUAAGUCACAAGUAUAUAAAGUUCUGUCUCAUGUCAAAAAUUACAUAGUCAUACGCCCUCAAAGUCGUUGUUUAUAUGGAGAAAACUUGUUUUGGGUUGAAGGAUCACUCGCCUACUCGAGCUCAGUACCUUGGGCAAGCCAACUUUUCCUUCAUUUCCUUACAAAACUUGGCAAACCGUUUACAUGAGAACAAAAAGUUGCCUCGGCUAGAAGGAUGACCCGCCUAUCCGAGUUUGGUUUGCUUAGAGGACGAAAAACUGAAACCGAUCAUAACUUGCGGACACGCGUUUCCGCCGAUGUGGUGCGCGUUGCAUAGUUUUGCUCCGUCGGAUACAUGAGUGUGCUUGCCCAAAGUAGUUAGUGUCCUAUUUUAAAAAACGUCGAUUGUUUCUUUUGUUUGUUAUUUUUUCAGAUAUUCAACGGAAACACAGAUCGUCAUUCCGUAGUUUAUCAUCAGUUUGUCAGACCGUUUAAAGCCAUUUACGUCCGCAUCUACCCUAGGAGUUGGUACGGCUGGAUUUCCAUGAGAGCGGAGCUUUACGGCUGCUCGGGUAAGAAUGCGAUUGGGUCACCGAUUCAUUGUAUUGGACACAAAGCAUCAAUCAACCUUAGAGACCAAAGGACAGUCAGUUGCCAGGGUCGGGAGGAAAGGCGCGACAAACGUUUCCAAGCACAAGCGGAAGAACCCCUGGGUAUCGACACUCGCAACACCAUAUCCAAACGGUCAGGCGAAUGGUGGCUCCUGAUUGGGCAAAAAAUGCUUUGUAUUAUUGUGCCCAAUCGGCGAACAGCAUCUCCUGAGUUCUUUUGCAAUUUCAAAACAAGGCUUGUUUGUGAAAUCUGUUUGUCUGACGUAAGCGUGCAUAAGGGCUAUUUGUCGCUUACCCGCUUAAAAAGCAAAUUUCGUUUCCUAGACGUUUAAGAAACAACAAACUGUGAAGGUUGGUUGGAAUCUUAGGUUUUAACCUUGUAGCUUUUCGGCAAAGUUUUAAGUUAUGUCCUUUGUUAUGCUUCCUUGUAAACCCUCCGUAACUAUCCUUUCUCCCAUUCCCAGCGUCCCUUUGUAACCGCCCGUUGGGUAUGCGAAAUGGUCGUAUACGCAAUCACAAGAUCACCGCCUCAUCAUCGUACAACCGUUUUCAUGCCGCGUGGCUUGGGAGACUGGGAAGAAUUAAGACCGGGAGAUACAUUGGGGCGUGGUGCGCAAAAUACAAGAAUUACAAUCAGUGGAUCAAAGUCGACUUUGGUAGACCGAUGAAGAUUACUAAAAUUGCUACUCAAGGAAGGCAGGAUGUGGGGCAUUGGAUAACGUCGUACUAUGUGUCGUUUAGUGCUGACAACAUUCAUUGGGCAAUGUAUCGGUUUAGAAGUGUUAACAAGGUAAGAGGGAUCAGAAAACAUAACAACUGGAUUUUGCUGAGCAACCAGACAAACUGGUGAACUUGUAUUGCGUUACAAGGGCUAUAAAAGGGACCUUUUGCGAUGAUAACCGCGUCGCGACUGCGACGUAAAAAAAAUGUUGCAAAAACAGCAACGUUGCAAAAAAGGUUGUACGUUUUUUGUUGCUCUUAACCUCACCGCAACCGCGACGUCAAGAGAAUGAGAAUGAAAAUGAGGAUAAGGAUGAUGAUGAGAAUGAAAAUGAGAAUGGAAAUGAGAAUGAGGAGGAUGAAAAUGAAAAUAAACAUGAGGGUGAGGAUGAAAAUGAAUAUGAAUAUGAAAGUGAAGAUGAAGAUGAAAGUGAAAAUGAAAACAAAGACGAAGAUGAUAAUGAAGAUGAUGAUGACGAUGAUACUCCCGAUCAUAAGCUAUGAAUGAACAAGAUUUUAAGAUCAUUAUUCCUCGUUCUUUGUACAGUUACGAUAUGUUUGAGAACGCGUCGCUAAAUUCCUCAUUUUGUUUAAUCGUCAACAGCUUUUCCAAGCAAAUCGCGACCAGAACAGCAUUAAAAUGAACGCCAUUAACCCUGCCAUUAGAGCUCGCUUCAUCCGUCUUCAUCCUCGAGGCUGGCAUGGCUAUCCGUGUCUGAGGGCAGAAUUCUACGGAUGUCCAGUUGGUAAGUUGCUUUUUUAAUUGGUCUACCUGCGGACGUUAGUCUUCCUAAGGGCGUUAGCCCGUAUCAUGGUUAUUACUCCAUUUUGAGGGUAUCAUGUCAUGUCAUGCGAAGGGCUCUAACGCAAGUUGAUCGGUCUAGCAGAUAAGGAAGAGAAGAGAAAGUGAAAGAAAAAGAGGAAAGGGAAAAAGAAACAACAAUGAUUUCAAUCUUAAUAUUUUUGAUGGCCCUCUUUAAAAAUAGUCUUGUUUUGGUCGGCUGCAUCUUGUCUUUGAAAACUUGGAUACUUGAAAUUGCAAAUAUCUUGUCCCGAUGGGAUGUUAUCUUGUUCAUACUUAGACUUAAAUUAAAACAAAUUGAAAAUUAAAACCCCAAAAGAUCAAGACUAAAUUUCGGUGAAUUUAUAUAGCUACAUAAUAAUUAUCCACAAAGUUAUAUUUAUAAGCAGUCUUAAGCAGUAUUUUUUGUGUUUGCAAUUAUUUAUAAUUCGCACAGACUAAAGAUGUUGAUAGUGUCCGAACAAUUUCGUUGUUUAUCCUCCUCAUCAUCAUGCCAUUUCGUGCUUUGCACAGAUCGAUGUGACGUCCCACUCGGAAUCCAAGAUGGCCGCAUCACUCGUUCUAUGUUCACCGCCUCCUCAAUGUACAACCACUACUACGGUCCCUGGUGUGCCAGACUUCAGGCACAGAAUCGAGGCCAAACCAGAGGAGGCUGGAUCGCUAAGUAUAGGAACACGAAACAAUGGUUGCAGGUUGAUCUGGGAACUGUUUCAAUUGUCAAGCGAAUCGCUACCCAGGCUCGAUAUGAUGCUAAUCAAUGGGUGACGUCAUACACUGUUUCCUACAGCAAUAAUGGUGUCAGAUUUUUCCCUUACAAGCAAGCGAGAAGAACCAGGGUAAGGAUGUUUCUUUUUUUGCCUCAACAUGGUUGGUGCGCAAUGUGCACAUGUGUCCAUUAACUUUAUUUAUCGUGUGGCUGGUUUCCCGAGCAGGCAAGAUAAAGCGAAUACUGCGUUCUGAUUGUAUACCCGAGGGGGCAAGAUAAGCCUAUACUGCCUGCUCGAGUUUUCCCGCUAGGUCCCGCAAGCCAUAUUAUAAAUGUUUUUUAAUGACCGAGCUUGUUCGGUCAAGAGCUUGCCCAACAUCUGGUCAUCUUUGCUGGCGCUUGGUCAGUAAGGCACGGUAUACAGUAUAUAGUAACUUCUGGCCCCAGUCGUUCAAAAGGUGGAUAGCGCUAUCCAGCGGAUAAAUCUCCAUGCAGUUGAUAGUGCAAUUGGUUUGCAUAAUGGUUAUGCACUGGAUAGUGAUUUAUCCAGUGGAAAGCACUCACUCUUAAGCUAUUGAAAAACUGGGGCCAUAACUGUCAAAGUACCACACUUUUACUGACGUUUUUACUGGCAUUUUAAAGCUCUUUCAAAGGAACACAGAACGUUACUUUGUGGUGGUACACAGGCUACGCCCGGCCGUAAGAGCGCGUUACAUUCGUAUUAACCCAAAGUCCUGGUACGGCUGGAUUGCAAUGAGACUGGAGUUGUUCGGCUGUAGACUAGGUAUGUACCAUGAACCUUGAAAUCAUGAAGAUAGCUCACAAACAGAGUUACGUUAUUCUUUUUUUUUUCGUUCCCUUAUCGUCUAAGACAGGUGACAAAAUACGAGUCAUUGAGAGGAAGCUGCUGUCUUUUGUAAUUAAAAAAUUCUUAACAAUUCUUUGUCCCUUUUCUACAUCGCGUAUCUCUUUUCACUCCUUAUAAGAUUUCCACCCACCCACCCCGCCCCCAACCCCAAACUUUUAAGCGUUAACGCUUCAUUAGGGGAGGCGUAGGUGUUGACCUCGUUGUUACUUUCUGUGGAGGCACCCGAUCUAGUGCCUAGCACAUGUUAACUCCUUGACUUGGGCCCUGGACGUGCAAUCAUCGUAUUCCCUUGGACAAAAGACUCUUUAUCUUUAGUAAACACUGUAUUCCUUCCUUUUUGUUGUUUAAAUUGGUAACGAAGGUACAAGUAGAGUUGGCCAUGCGAAAAACUCGCAUCCCCUCAACAGGGGAUAGCAAUAAUUUCCUUCCAGCGAAUCCGUUAUUUUGUAGUUGAACAGUUUACUUCUUCAGGGUAGAGAAGAACUAUCGUUUUGACCACCAUAUCGGGAAAUGUUGAAAGAGGUCUAUACUCCUAGUUGUUUCAUUCAUACACACUCAAAAACCAGGUCAAACUCAGGCUGUGAAUUAGUUAUGCUAUGGUAGCCCUAUACACCUACCCAUUUACUUAGCGUUUUUAAUAACGAUUCAAAUUUCUACAAUAGGAAAACUGUGUAAUCGUCCAAUGGGACUUCAGAACAAUCGACUGAAAAAUCACUUAUUGACGUCAUCCUCCCGCUGGGACAAAUACCAUGGUCCUUACCGAGCUCGUCUUAACAUCCGUCGCCAUGGACGCUACAUAGGGGCGUGGUCGUCUCAGUACAAUAAUCGAUAUCAAUGGCUUCAAGUUGAUUUCGCUGGACCAGCAAAAAUUAUCCGAAUUUGCACGCAGGGAAGGCAGGACUUAAACCAGUGGGUCACGCAGUAUUACGUGACUCGCAGCUUAGAUGCUAUCAAUUACCGGCCGUACAAGGAGCGAAAUAAUAUCAAGGUAUUUUUUGUCGGAAAAGCUAAUUGGUCUGAUAAAUUGUAAAGUUUCAGAUUGUUUGUAUGUUUUCGUAUUUCGUGUGAUUAAGCGUUACUUUAAUUUGGUCAAGCAUUUACAGUAGGGAGCUUUGGCAACUACGAUGAAGACCACAACGACGACUUCAAAAAAACCAAUAGGUUUAAUGAUCAAAACAACAGCUCUGCACGUGCAUCAUGCUUGUUAGUACAUUUCUUUGACGUCCAAUGCACGACUACGACGUGAAACCUCCUAAUUUCACCUUUUAUUUAGGACGUGGACAAACGACGACGAAUUUUCCGUCUUAUUUUUGAACCUGAAUAAAAUCCUUAAGAAUUCAACUCCAGGGAAAGUCGCCUGCAUUUGACAUAUUGAGCGGGUCCAAAUAGACGCGACUAAGUUUGAAAGAACGUAGAUUCAUUUUUUUACCGACGUUUUCACUGCCGUCGUCGUCGUCCUUGCUUAAGGUCCCUAGUAACCCGCUCGUGCCGAGCCCGAAAUACCCCGUCUCGUUCGGGGAAAAACCCCCUAGUACUCAGGGUAGCGUUGCUACUUCUCAUCCGAUGCUUAGUUAACUUAGUGCUUUUACAAUUAUAAUAAUUAUAUUUUGUCAACUGUUUUCGCUUCUAUUUUUCAGUAUUUCUCAGGUAACCGCGACCAGAAUACCGUUGUAUGCCACCCUUUCAUCCCCGCUCUUAGAUGCCGCUUUGUGCGUAUCCAUCCAUGGGGAUGGUACCGACACAUAUCUAUGAGAGCCGAGUUUUACGGAUGCCGAACUGGUAAGGAGUACUCAGUUACCACCUUUAAGAGAACAAAACUGAUCUCCAGUGUUACUUUUUUGUUGAUAAAUAUACUUGUCGAGAACAAAACACGGCUUGUGCUGUCCACCCGUAUAUUUAGUGCUGCUGUGCUGUGCGAUCGAAGACUGGGACGGGGUUGGCUGGUUUAGAUAUAAUCAGACACCACUUACACACAGUAAAGUGGGGUCUAUUUGUUUUAUACAUUGACCAGAACAACAGCAAUCACAAAAAUAAAAACAGAAAGGUGCGUCUUAGCGUUGGAUUGUUCGAAGAUUUGGUCGAGUUUAAGUAUUUUUCAAGAUCCCAAGAACUUUUUUCGCUGCCUCGGUUUCUUCUUUUUCUCAAGUGGAAAAAACUCUUCCUAAACGUUUUUUGUGGCCAGUAGUUAAACAACACAUACGAAACAAUUUGCCUUUCAUGUCAUCCGUGUGUCUGCACUCUGACAGAUCAAAGGUAAUGACCAAUCACAGCGGACGUAGCAUUUUCUACAUUGCAUAGCGGCCUAUUAUGGGCAGCGACCUCUGAGAAUGUCUCAUCUUUUAGUCUUACCGGUGUGAUUCUUCCCCUCGCAGAUAAAUGCACCAUGCCCCUCGGUAUGGAACACCGAAGAAUCCUAUCGGGUCAUCUUCGAGCGUCGUCGUCAUACAAUUACAAUCACGGACCUGACCGCGCGCGUCUAAACAUCUACGCCGGUCACGGGAGAACGGGAGCCUGGGUUGCAAAAUAUCGCAACACCGGACAGUGGUUACAGGUUGAUUUGCGACAGCUGAGUAUCAUCAAAGGCAUUGCUACACAGGGACGAAGAGAAGCCCAUCAAUAUGUAUCAAGAUAUACCUUGUCUUACAGUGUGAAGGGCCUACGGUUUAGGCCUUACGUAGCUUAUGGCAGAAUAAAGGUAAACCUGUGAUCACCGGUCACAGAUGUUGUAGCAGAAUAUCCUUACAUACGGCAUUGAAGGCGUUAGCCUUUCCUGACUUUUCUUUUGAUUCUUUACUAAUAAAUUUCUCCAGAAAUUAGUAUAUUUGGAACAUUACAUAAGUGUUUCGAGUCAAUAUAAUUUAUACCCUUCGGUCAAUUUAAUUUCAAGAACGUUGAACAGGAAUGUCUUAGUAAAGACGUCGUCCUUUUGUGAGGCCAGGAGAGAUUCUAAGGUCUCUUUUUCCGUUUUGUCAUGGCCAGUAUUCUCGUAGUUUGUUCUUAAAGUUGUCUUGACUACCUUAUUUAGGGUUCGUGUAACGUUGAAUUCUGUGCUUCUUUCAUAGGUGUUUCGUGGAAAUUAUGAUAUCUACCAUACGGUUUCGUUAAAGAUUAUUCCACCAAUAAGAGCAAGGUUUUUGCGCAUUCAUCCCAAGUCGUGGCGCAGCUACAUCGCCAUGCGGGUUGAACUGUAUGGAUGUCGAUAUCGAGGUAAAUUCGAAGGCCUCUUACAAUUAGUCUACAUAUUGCUCGAAGCGUGGUAGUGCGAUUUUUUUGCAUUGCAUUUGUGAGCUAAAGGGUUGUAUUUGAUGCCAAGUUGUAUCCCGAGACAAGUAACCUUUCUUCACUUGCGCCCUCCAUCUCGACGUUUAGCAAACUGUUAUAAUGGCGACCUAUUACUGGGGUAAAUCAGCAAUAUCUGUAUCGCAUAGCAUCUCAUUCAAGGACAAAAGAAGACACCAUUUGUUAUUUUACUUUCCAGAGACCAGGUCUAGCUCUCCUGAAAGACUAUUCUUUCAAUGGGGGAGGUUAUGUUACUAUUGCUGAAAUUUUUUUCUUGCUUGCAAGGGAAAGGUUCAUAUAUUGGUUUUGUAACACUCCGUGACCAAGGAUACCAACACAAGAGCAGUGAUUGAACUCUGCAAGGCUAAUUUAUUUGUGUUCGUUUCCUCCGAUCAUCAGAGCGAUUCUUUGAUCAAGCCGUGGGAAUUCAAACAGGAAAGAUAAAGAACGCUGCCUUUACCGCUUCAUCGCAAUGGGACAAAUUCCACGCUCCUUUCCGAGCUCGACUGCACAUUCCGAAACAGGGUCGUUACAUUGGCGCGUGGGCUUCCCGCCCAAAUAACCACAACCAGUGGCUGAUGGUCGACCUGGGAAUUCCCACUGAAGUCACGGGCAUAGCGACACAAGGAAGGCAGGAUGCUGCCCAGUGGGUGACAGCGUUUUGGGUUUAUUACAGUUUGGAUGGAAUGCACUUUUCAAGGGUCACGUAUUGGUGGGACUAUAUAAGGGUGAGUGUUUUAGGUCUUUUCAAACACUGACAUUGAACGUGGUACCUGGUGACACCAAGAUGCACGUGUCAGCGUUUUCGGUUUUUUACUGUUUGGGUGGAAUGCACUUCACUGACAUUUUAUUUGCCACACAAUAACGACAAGCUGCUCGUACAGUGUCUUGGGUCUAUUGCAGUUUAGAUGAAGUAUACCUUUCUGGGGUCGUAUGUGUCAGGGUGAAGUUUUAAGGUCUUUCGUGCAAGAAGAAUCUAGGUGGCGCACAAGCGUUGCAUAUCGAAGUGCGUUACUCCUCUCUAAAAGGUGACUUAACUCCGGCGGUAUGCCGAUUAAGGAUGAAUGUUCAUGGUUUAUUUUGUAACUACAGGAAGAAAACCUUUUUGAGGGCGUGCUGUUUAACCAACGGCUAGUUUACUGAUUUUUUUCUUUGAUAUCGUUAUAUCUCAGACUUUUAGGGGAAACUUCGACCAGAAUGGCCUUCGAACGCAUUCCUUUAAUCCACCACUGUACGCGCGAUUCAUAAAAAUCAACCCCCGUGGAUGGCGUUCACAUAUCUCGAUGAGACUUGAGCUGUAUGGAGGCGCAUAUAGUAAGUGCAAAUGGUCCGGAUAUCUCUAUCUUUAUUGGCAGUAAUAGCGACACUAGAACGUUAUCUAAUCUUGACAAUAGAUGUAUAGGUAUCUGAACAAACAAACGCCUUAUUUCUCAGUUCCAUUGUUAGACAACUGUUUUGAUGCAGCCUUUUCAUCAGGAAUCAUUGUUGUUCCCGUCGAAACGCUCCUUCAGAGAACUUAACUGGUGUGCGAAAGACCUCUUCCUGGGCUGGAGUUUUAUGUUUCCUGAAUUCCCUUUCUUUUUCCCUUUGCAGGCAAAUGUGAUGUUCCUAUUGGCUUGGAAGACCGUCGUGUACCUGACCAACUGAUAACUGCUUCCUCAUUCUACAACUACUACUGCGCGCCGCGGAACGCCAGGCUCCGUCAGAGGCGCGUUGGGCGGCUUGGAGGGGCGUGGUGUGCUAAACGGAGUGACAGGCGUCAGUGGCUUAAGAUUGAUUUGGGAGGGCUUACUCGAGUGUCACGCAUUGCUACUCAAGGUCGGCAAAAUUCUGACCAGUGGGUGACUAGUUACUAUGUGUCGUACAGCACCAAGGGAUACCGUUUUAUUACCUAUAAAGAGAACAGAAGGACAAAGGUGAGUGAGAGAUCAUCUCCUUAACUUUCCACAAGCCAUGUCUAUAACGUCUCAACAGUCAUAUGAAGCCAACAAAACGCUUUGUAAGAUGUCGACGCGAUUUCACGCGGAAUAGUCUGCACGCGAAUUAAUUUGUGAUCCUGUCGUGUCGAUGAGGUGGUGAUAACCUUUUGAGAUUUUAACACUGUGUUAAAAACCGAAGUCACAAUAUUUGCGAUGUAAAGUAAUCUAGCUCUUAAUAACUUUUAACUGAAGACAGACUAUGUACGCUUUUUACUUCAAAACGUUCAUUUUGUAAGCGAUAUUUGAACAUUGUUAAUAAGAAAGUUAUCCUAUAAAGAUUUUCUCAGCAAAAUGGUCUUGCAACAAAUAUUUAACCUGGCAAUGUUUUUUAAAAUGUUUUCUUAGAUUUUCCAAGGAAACUUUGACCGCUACGUAGUGGUUCGGCACCGGUUUAUCCGACCGUUAACCGGUCGUUGCUUCAAGGUGCAUCCAGUCACGUGGCGUAGUUGGAUUUCCAUGCGCGUUGAGCUCUAUGGUUGCGUCAUUGGUGAGUAAUUCAGUUUAAUAUUUCAAUUUUAUUUAACUUUCGGAUAAAAAUAAGUUGUAUGCAUAAGGAUAAUCGGAGAUAAGGUACCUUUAGUGGGAAAUCAAACAAAACUUUUGUAGUGGUGAAUGUACUGGCAUAACCAGUUAUUCAUGAAGUAAAAUAUAUAGCUUACAUAACAGACCGAAUUAGUAUUGACAAGGAAACGACUGAGACAAUAGGCUAAUGCGUCAUCAGCAUUUAAGUAUAGUUAUUCACCUAGACUCUAAUGAGAUUAUGAUUGAGAGACUCUAGGUUAUGACGGUCAUGUAUUUCUGUACCCUUGUUUAUGAGAUUCUUAGCCAAAAAAGGGGUCAACGCAGUUCCUGUUUUACUACUUGCCUAAUAGUGUUUUUUUCUUUUGUUUAAACUGUGCCUCUCUUGAAAUAUUGUAACCUUGGUAAUAAGUCUUGUUUCACCUUACCCCUUCUAGGUCCAAGGUGCGACAAACCGUUAGGAAUGAAAAAUGGCCGUAUUCGCUCCAAUCAAAUAACCGCCUCAUCCAGCUGGGAUCGUAAUCACGGACCGAGUAACGCCAGGCUGCAUUGGCGCAAGAGUCGCGCUCGAGUGGGCGCUUGGUGCGCGCGUCAUAAUAACCAUUACCAGUUUUUGCAAGUAUAUUUUAAACGUCCCACGCGUGUUGUGAAGAUUGCCACGCAAGGAAGACAAGAUGCGCGUCAGUGGGUCACGAAGUACUUCGUGGUUUACAGUCAAGAUGGUGCGAAUUUUGCCGAGUAUAAAGAAAACAGUAAUCGAAAGGUUCGUUGGGUGGCUUGUAUGAUUUUGCACUUAAUUUCAAUUAUUGGGAGCACUGAAGACGCUGACUCUAACCAUUUGAAUUAAUUCUGAAAUGCAUGCUUAUUUUUUACACUAGAAGUUAAUGUGCGAUCAACUUAAAUCUAUUUUCUGUCUUCCCUGAUUUGCUUAACCCUUUCACUUGCAGAGUGUUUGAUAGAGUUUUGUAAGGUGACUGUAACUUUUGAGUCUGUGGACGAAAUCCUAUGAUGUGACCAUUCAAAUAAAAGCUCUCUGCCUGUACUUACACAUCAUGCUAUUUGUUUGUCAAAAUUUUAGAAAAUAAAAUUUGGAAAUUUGGUCGAAAUUUGCCUUUGGCCGCAUUUGGCAGUGAAAGGGUUAAAUUGUAAAACGACCUGCACCUUUGGAAUUGAUUACCCAAUUGCAGUCUAAUCAUUAAACGUAACCCACCCUUUUUUCGUUGCCUUUUCAGUAUAUCACUGGGAACAGGGAUCAAAACACAGUCGUACAAUACAGAUUCUUUCCACCAAUCAAAGCUAGGUUUAUUCAGAUUCGCCCAUGGGGUUGGUACCGACACAUCUCCAUGAGAGUGGAAUUCUACGGAUGCGCUGAAGGUAGAAAUGGUUUUGUUAUGUAAGGAUCAUUUUGUGGCAGGACGCGUUUUGGACGCGUUUAAAACGCAUUUUGAUGUCCGUUUAUGACCCUCUUGACACACAUUUGAGCCGUUUUUAAUGGGCUUCUAGUUGCCGCAUUUUUUAGUCCUUUAGGGCAUGUCUGAGUCAUUUUCGAGUCAUCUUGAGCGCGUUCAAGUUGCAAGAGCACACCCCGGCUCCACAGGCUGUGGAGUGGUUCAAGAACGACGUUGGCCUCGUUUGGAACGCUUUUACAGCGCGUGCCAUGUCCUCGUGUGCAGCUUUUUCAUUGUACUUUUAGCUCAGCGCGUUUGAGAUACGUUUUGGGUGCGUUUGUGUUUUUAGCACCUGAGGCAUAGGACUCAAAGAGCUUAUCUGAAUGAAUUAUUCACCAUUCUCAUUACAGACCGUUGUAACAUGCCUCUUGGCUUAGAAGACAAGCGACUCACACCAGGCGAUAUAUCAGCCUCAAGUUACUACAAUGCCUACCUUGCACCGUGGUAUGGCCGUUUAAACCACAUCUACUCUUGGAGCGUGCGCACUAGAAACAGCAAGCAGUGGAUGAAGGUUAACUUUGGUGACGUAAUGCGUUUUAAAGGAAUUGCAACCCAAGGAAGAUCAAAUGCCAAUCAAUGGGUGAUGAGUUAUGUUAUGACGUAUAGUGGAGAUGGCGUCACUUACGUUCCUUAUAAGGAAAGAAGACGCGUAAAGGUGAGAGAUACGCUCUUUUCUAGUUUCAAAACCCUCUCUUCUCCACUCAUAGUAUUAUAUGUAUGUAACCAUCGAAACCUGUGAAAAAUGUUUGUGUUUUCUCCUUUAUUUACAGGCUUUCUAGUUAGAAUUCAACGAACUAACCCUGAAAGAUCAUAGAACAUGAAUCCACUUACGUUUUCACGAGUGCUUUUACCCUUAAAUUUGGUUACACUAGAAAUAGCUAAUGCGUAUUAUUUAUUUUAUUUUUUGGUAGAUUUUUUCAGGCAAUAGUGACAGAAAUUCUGUAGUAUAUCAUCGUUUUUUGAGAUCGUUCAGUGCCGCUUACGUGAAGAUUCAUCCACGGACAUGGUACGGCUGGAUUUCAAUGAGAGUCGAGCUCUAUGGCUGUGCAAGUAAGUUAUCCAUUUUGUCUCUGACAGUUAAUGGUGGAAAACUGUAAAUUAAGGAGACUUCUUACCUCAAAUCAAGAGAUUUAAUCUUCGGAGAUUCGGAGAGAAGCUGUAUCAAACACUCAAAGCAGCGUUAUUCCUAGAAACCUCAAGGUCGGUUUAGAAAAGUGGUUGUGUCUCUUUUUUGAAUCUUUAUCUCACUGUCUGCAUUUCAAAUGAAAUAGUCCCUAUUACAAAUAAGAUAUGACUUAAACGUAACUUUUUUAAAAUUCUGUUUUAAGAAUAAGGGUGGUGUUCCCUAGGACUUCAACUUCCACAUCUCAUACCAGUUAUGUCUCAAAACUCUCAUGGGGAAGGAUUAAAGAAUUUACCUUACAAGUGACUUUCUUAAGCCGUUAACAAGUGGUACAAGUUGUAGUCAUAGUGAUGUAGGAGUUUAGAUCUUAAGGUUUCUUAAAGUGCUUUCAAGGGUAUUGGGUCCUAAAGUUUCAUUUAUGAUGGUGCUUAUUUUCUUUUUAAGGACCCCUCUGUAACACUGCCUUGGGCUUACAAAGCGGUCGCCUGCGAAACAACAAGAUCACUGCUUCAUCCGAGUACAAUGUCUACCACGGGGCGAGACUCGGGAGACUGGGACGAAAGAAGCAAGGGAGAUAUGUUGGGGCCUGGUGCACUAGAGUCAAUAACAGGAACCAGUGGUUCAAGGUGGACUUUAGUCGACCAAUGAAAAUCACCAAAAUUUUGACACAGGGUAGGCAAGACGCUACCCAGUGGGUGACUUAUUAUAAGGUGUCUUCAAGUUUAGAUGGAGUGCACUGGCAAGUCUAUCGAUUCAAAAACAGCGACAAGGUAAUUGCCUGGAAAAGUUGGGUAUUGUUCAUCUUGGCUGAGUACAUUAAUAAAGUAGAUUAUCGUUCGUUCUUUGAUGUCGUCAGUUGAGUUAUAAAUCGCGACAUUUCUACUUCGUACUGCUAUUCUUCAGGAUGAGGUCAACUUCAACUGAGCGCGUGUCGCCUUAUUAAGUGGAAAGGUCUACUAUGACUAGUGGAAAUUGACUGGAGGAGAAGGCGUUUCCUCCAGAUCUGAUUUUCCACUUUGGUCUCUUAUCGUUGAGUUUCUUGAUCGUGCGUAUCUACACCUUCGAAAUCUUAAUAAAACUCAACGAGUUCUAUACUGAGGGUUACAGAGCAAUUUUUGGAAACUGAAAAAAGAAGUUAUAUAUACUUUUUUUAUUACAGUGAGACCCUGUGUUUCAUUUGAGUUUAUAGAAUCUGUUACCUUUUCAUGGGGCAUUUUUCUUGGCAGAUUUUCCGUGGUAACAACGAUCAAAACAGCAUCAAAAUACAAGCCCUUACUCCUCCAGUGUACGGGCGGUUCAUCCGCAUUCACCCGUGGAGUUGGUACAGGCACAUUUCGAUGAGAGUGGAAUUUUACGGAUGCAAAACCGGUCAGUAGGAAGACGUAUUUUUUGAAAGGGGUCCUUGCAUGAUAUUCAAUGCCGUAUAUAUUAUCAACAUUGUGCUUUUUAGCGGCUCUAUAUCCUCCCACGUUGACGGUCAUUUGUCUCGUUACGCAAUCCUCCCCAACGAAAGUGGAGGCAGCGUGGCCAAGUGGUUAGAGCGCUGGACUUGUAAUUCGAAGGCCCCGAGUUCAAGUCUCGGCCUGACCGCUAGUUGGAUUUGUUCUCGGUAGUCCUGAGUUCCAAUCCUCGACCACGCUUGUAAAUAGCCAAUUGGUUCGCCUCCGGCCAGUUGGGAUUCUUAAUCCGUUUAUGUUACACAUGAAAUAAGUUGCGUGCCAGUUAUUUGUCACUUGGUCAUUCCUUUCGACAUCUUCAAGCCUUGCACAAUGAGUGAAAGCUGUGACCACUUGUAUAAUUGUUGUUAUUAUCUUCUUGCGUAGAUCCCUGCGAUGUUCCGUUGGGAAUGCAAGAUGGCCGAAUUACCCCAUCGAUGCUUAUUGCGUCCUCCAUGUACAACCAGUAUUAUGGUCCCUGGAAUGCCAGACUUCAUGCACGAAACUACGGUUCCAGAAGGGGAGGGUGGAUUGCUAAAUACCGGAAUAGGAAUCAAUGGCUUCAGAUCGACUUUGGGACCAAGUCACGCGUGAAGAGAAUCUGUACUCAAGGACGCUACGAUGCUAAUCAGUUUGUGAAGUCCUAUACCGUGUCGUUCAGUGUAAAGGGAGACAAGUUUGUAUCAUAUAAGGAGGGGAGGAAAACGAGGGUAUGUACAUUUAGAGGUUAUAAGAAAUUGUGAAAGUGUACUGCAGUAAUACCAUACCCCUCCCGAGUGUCUUUUUCCUGUUAAGACAAAAAAACAAAACGUGGAUGAAUCGUGUACAAAACAACUUCCCUUCUAAUCAGAGCUUUGAUAUAAAGCAAAUCGUGGCUGAGAUUCCUGGGCAAAACAAUCCAAAUCUUAAGAUUGAAACAAUCACCAGAUCUACAGGAAAACUGUUGAAGCCGUUCAGUAACGGGCACUAUGUUUUUAUAAUAAUUGAAAAUUUCUAGGUUUGAGUUUAAUUUGAUUCUUCAGUGUAAGUUUAUUUCUUGGAGAUUAAUACCGUGAACGACAAUUUUGAGAUUUCUCCCGACUCUCUCAUACUAUUUUAAUGCUUUAAUUCAAAUUUAGCUGUUUCAGGCUAAUAUCGAGAGGUACUAUGUGGUCUGCCAUCGCUUCUUUCGACCGUUCAUUGCUCGCUACGUGCGCAUAAAUGUCAGGCGUUGGUACAGCUACAUAUCUAUGAGGGUCGAACUGUUCGGCUGCAGACUGGGUGAGAGGCAAUUUACUUUACUUUUAGCUUAAACACUUGUAGGAGUGCUAUUCUAGGUUGUGUCAUCGCGUUUUUCAUUUAUGCAAGGUUUCUUCAUUAUCGUCUUGAUUGUCACGGUAGGUCCAAUUGUCCUACACGUUUUUUAAACGAUGGAGAUGACCUAUAGCUAUAGGCAACUUUGUGUUUUCUAUAUUAUCGCCUCGAACGUCCAGACAGACCUCAGUCCUACCUAGGCAACUGACAUCGCCCCAAUUGUCCGGAUCGAUUCUGUUCGUAUGAGAGGUAUUUUCAUAUAACCUUCUCGAUCACGAUCGUCGGUCAGGUGAUCCAAUCAUUCAUUUUUCAUGAACUGUCAAUGAACUAUUGAUGUUUCACAUACAGGUAAACAGUGCAACCAGCCAAUGGGAUUACAGAAUGGCCGUCUCAGAAACACUCAAAUGACAGCGUCUUCUCAAUGGAACAAAUACCACGCGCCCUUCCUGGGGCGGCUCCAUCGCGCACGCCACGGGAAGUACGUUGGUGCCUGGUGCGCGCGAAGCAACAACCGGUAUCAGUACCUACAGGUCGACUUUAAAAGACCAGUCAAGAUAAUCAAGUUAUCAACCCAGGGAAGGCAAGAUGUCAGUCAGUGGGUCACGCAGUAUUACAUUAAACACAGCGUUAACGCCAUCAAUUUCGUGGAGUACAAAGAACGUAAUAGUAGAAAGUAUUUCACUGGAAACCGAGAUCGUAACACCGUGGCGACAAAUCCAUUCAAUCCUGCCAUUCGCGGUCGAUACAUCCGAGUCUGUCCUUGGGGAUGGUAUAGGCACAUCUCUAUGCGUGUGGAGUUCUACGGGUGCUUUACGGGUGAGCAUUUUGCAGAUCGUAAAUUUAACAAAUCGACAACAAUUUGUCAUCGUCUGUACUCUUAUCGACCAUGGAAAUGACAUAAGUAGGUUGGAUAUGAUCAUACCAAUGACGUCAAAAUGUUCAAAACUCAAAUGAAACCACGAGUGGUUUCACUGAAAAGUUUUGAACAUUUUGACGUCAUUGCUAUGUUCGAUAAGAGUACAGACCAUUGGAAUGUUGUUGUCGAUUUGUUUUUUUACAAUAACCUUGACGGUUUUGAAGUUGUAGUUUUUCGGAAAAACGCACGCGCGAGAGAAAGAAAUACAAAUUGCUCCACCGUCACGUCAUUUUCAUGGUCUGCACUCUUAUCGACCAUAACUCUCCAACCUCGUUCCCAGGGUUCUCUCUCUAGCUCUCGACCACUGAACAGCGCGCGAGAAAUCACUCAGUUAUUGUAAAAUAUGUGAUAGCUUGCUCAUUCUGUCCAACCUACUAUAUGUUUUUGAAGUUUAGUUGUUAUGGUCAAUAUUAUCACAAAUGACUCUGCAGUUGCAAAAAUAGUGCGAAUAAUGUGUUUUCUUGAGUUAACUCAUAGCUUGUAAGAAAGUUUCUUUUUAGUUUCCACCCGUAUUUUUUGUCAAAAUGUACGACCACCAUAUUGUAUAUAGUUCUUCAAUAUAUGACUCUUUGAUCAUCUUUGAUUUACCCCAGACCGUUGCAGCUUGCCCCUCGGUAUGGAAGACCGACGAAUACUAUCGGGAAAUCUUCGGGCGUCGUCUUCAUACAACUACAAUCACGGACCCGACCGUGCGCGUCUGAAUAUCUUCGCCAGUCACGGGCGAACAGGAGCCUGGGUAGCUAAAUAUCGCAACACGAAGCAGUGGCUACAAAUUGACUUGGGGCAGAUGUGUAUCGUCAAAGGUAUUGCUACACAGGGACGCCGGAAAGGUCAUUUGGAAUGGGUGACAAGCUAUUUGCUCUCCUACAGUAAAGACGGACUCCGCUUUAGGGCUUAUUCGGUGGGCGGACGACUCAAGGUGUGUUUUUAAACAUUUUUCAGUUGAUUCGACUGUAUUAGUUUUAUUGUAAUUUGAUUUGUAAUUAACUUAAAGCGUUUGUGUUACACUUCUGACCAGAGAGAAGAAAAGUAAAACACGGCCUUUACAACUUGGUCUGCUUGUAGCUUCCUUUUUCUACUUUGGUACAGGCCUCUUGUUUUUCUAAAAGUUUGUAUUGGAUUCUGCCACUGUUUCAAAGUAGUAGCCGUGGUUUACUUUGUUUGGUAUUCAUCAAAUACAACUUGUAUCGUUUCCCUGAGUUAAAGAUUUCCAUUGCCGAGUUCUUGUGGUGAACGUUUAUGGAAAACCAGUCUUUGAUGGUCAUUUUUUCCUAUUGUUUAGGAAAGGGAAGAAAUAUGUGUGGUCUUCGAGGAGCAAAACAAAAAUAAUCAUACUUUAUUAGAGUUGUUUGUUGGAAGAAAACACAUAAUUUAGUCAAGGCACAAACACCAGUCCUUCAUUUGCAAUCAGUUGCGGAUAUAACACCUCAUCAAACAAGGUGAUAUCUUUUUUUGACUUUGUAGAGAUUCCGCGGGAAUUACGAUGUUUAUCACACUGUUGCUCAGAGGAUAUCACCAAACCUAAGGGCACGGUAUGUAAGAAUCCACCCAAAGACCUGGAGGUCACGUAUCGCUAUGAGAGUCGAGCUGUAUGGGUGCCGAUGUAAAGGUAAGAAGGACAUGGCUACCCGCUUUUUUCCGCCGUAA